GAGUGCCGGCCACCAACAGGACGGGAGGCGACCGCCGAGGGCCGCGCUGCAGCUGUGGCGAUCCGGGCCAUGGCCUCCACGGCAAAAAUGAGGGCACUACUCGCCUUAGUAGUUUGGUUAACGCUAGCGACAACAAACGUAUUAUCAUAUAACGGACUCGGCCAUGGAAUCAAACACGAAAUAUUCUUCUUGAACUUGGAAGACGGUUACUUCGGAUGCCAGGUGAAUGAAUCGACCGAUGUGCUGCAACUGUACGAACUGUCCAAGCUCUGCGACGGAGUUCCGGACUGUUUCCAGGCAUCCGACGAGCUGCGGCGCGAGCUAAAGUGUUCAGAUGACUGCGGCCUGCUGCCGGACCACCCGACGUGCCAGGUGAAGUGCCAGAACGGCGCCUGCCUCGACUCCCAGUGCCACUGCAACGACGGCUUUGGAGGCUGCGGCUGCGAAGUUCCAGAUGAGAACGAGUGCAAGUACCGUCCUUGCGACGUGUUCGCGCACUGUACAAACACUCUAGGCAGCUUCCACUGUUCCUGCUUCCCUGGGUACACCGGCGACGGCUUCUCUUGUCAAGAUAUCGACGAGUGCGAGGACCCGGCCAUCAGGGCCCGCUGUGUCGCCAACGCCGAGUGCUGCAACCUGCCGGCACACUUCUUCUGCAAGUGCAAUCCGGGCUACGAGGGAGACGGAGAGGUCGAAUGCAGAGAUAUAAACGAAUGUGAACUGCCUGGUGCUUGCGGAAUCAACACGCACUGUACCAACCUGCCUGGAAACUACACGUGUACUUGUCUGGACGGCUUUGUCGGAAAUCCGUAUGAUGGGUGCGUGCGCCAGGACGAGUGCUCGCUGCCCGGUGCGUGCGGCCCCGGCGCGCUGUGCGUGGCGACGCUGGACGGCCACGAGUGCCACUGCCCGCCGGGCUCGGUGGGCGGCGACCCCUACUCGGAGGGCUGCGCCGGGCCCGACGCGUGCGCGCGCAGCCCCUGCGGCCGCGGAGCCAUCUGCACGAACCACGACCUCGGCUUCAGGUGCACCUGUCCGCCCGGCUACGACGGAGACCCCAACGUCGCCUGCCAAGAGCCGGAGGCGAAGGACGCGUGCGCGGCGGCGGCGUGCGGCCAGGGCGCCGAGUGCCGGCGAGACGGCGAGGCCGGCGGCGCGCGGUGCGCCUGCCCGGCAGGCUUCACGGGCGACCCGCUGCUCGCCUGCACCGACAUCAACGAGUGCUCCGCCGGCGCCGCCAGCUGCGGCGUCAACGCCAAGUGCAUCAACGUGCCCGGCUCCUACAAGUGCAUCUGUCCGCAGGGCUUCUCCGGACACGGCAACAUCUUCUGCGAAAAUGUAAACGAAUGCGAUGACAGCCCUUGUGGCGAGAACGCUAUAUGCACUGACACGGUCGGCAGCUUUAUCUGUACCUGCAAGGAAGACUACACCGGAGACGCUUUCAAGGGCUGCACUGAUAUCAACGAGUGCGUGGCGCUGGACCGCCCGUGCGGCACGAACGCGCUGUGCCAGAACGCGGUGCCGGGCUACACGUGCGUGUGCCCGCAAGGCUACGCGGGCAAGCCCGACGCCAAGGUGGCGUGCGAGCAGGUCGACGUGAACAUCCUCUGCCGCUCCAACUUCGACUGCGCCAACAACGCGGAGUGCGUGGACGGGCAGUGCUUCUGCCAGAAGGGCUUCGUGGCGCGCGCCGCCGACUGCGUAGACAUCGACGAGUGCUCGCAGGGGCAGCCGUGCGGCGCGUCUGCGCGCUGCACCAACGUCCAGGGCGGCUACCACUGCGAGUGCGAGCCCGGCUUCGUCGGCAGCCCGCCGCGCCUGCCCUGCAAAGCACCGUGCGAAGACGUCAAGUGUGGAGACCACGCCUUCUGUAAGCCUGACGGUCAAGAAGCUUACUGCAUUUGUGAGGACGGCUGGUCGUUCAAUCCACUGGAUAUAACAGCAGGAUGUGUUGACAUCGACGAGUGUGACAAGAUCAAUGGACCCUUCGGGCGCUGCGGUGCCAAUGCGCUGUGUACCAACACGCCAGGCGGCUUCAGCUGCCAGUGCCCGCCUGGACUUACUGGAAAUGCAUUCAAACAGUGUCUAGACAUCGACGAGUGCGCGACGGGCAGCCCGUGCGGAGCGGGCGCCGUGUGCACCAACGUGGUGGGCUCGUACAGCUGCGGCUGCCCGCCGGGAUCCGUGCCCGACCCCGACCCCAAGGUCAAGUGCGUGGCCGUCGUGACGUGCGCCGCCGACGCCGACUGCCCCGGCAACGCCAUCUGCGACCCGCAUAAGCGCUGCCUCUGCCCCGAGCCCAACGUCGGACCCGACUGCAGGCACCCGUGCGAGUCGGUGGUGUGCGGCCCGAACGCGCAGUGCCUGCUGCUGAACGGCGCGGCGCGCUGCCUGUGCGCCAGCGGCUACACGGCGGCGGCGGCGCCCGCCGGCGGCUGCGUCGACGUGGACGAGUGCGCGGCGACGCCGUGCGCGCCGGGCGCCGUCUGCCGCAACGAGCCGGGCGGCUUCUCGUGCGAGUGCCCCGGCGGCUGGGCCGGCGACCCGUACCGCGGCGCGGGCUGCGCGCGCCCGCACGGCCCCGCGCCCGCCGCCUGCUCCAAGCAGCGGCCGUGCCCGCUGGGCGAGCACUGCGUCGCCGAUCAGUACGCCGGCACCAGCGUCUGCCUGUGCCAGCGCGGCUUCACGCGCGAUCCCACCUCCGGCCGCUGCCGCGACGUCGACGAGUGCCGCGAGCUGCGCGACCGCCCCGCCUGCGGCCUCAACGCCGUCUGCAAGAACCUGCCCGGUAGCUACGAGUGCCAGUGUCCGCCCGGCUUCAACGGAAACCCCUUCCUGCUCUGCGAAGAGUGUAACACGCUGGAGUGCCAGUGCCAGCCGCCGUACCAGCUUCUGGACGGCAACUGCGUGCUGGCGGGCUGCUCCAAAGGCGAAAAGUGCCCGCCGGGCGCCGAGUGCAUCACCAUCGCGGGCGGCGUCAGCUACUGCGCCUGCCCCAAGGGCUUCCGCACACGCCACGACGGCUCCUGCGAAGACGUGGACGAGUGCUCGGAGGGCCGGCAGGUGUGCGGCUACGGCGCCGAGUGCGUCAACAGCGCGGGCUCGCACCGCUGCGUGUGCCCGCGCGGCUACAGCGGCGACCCCUACAACGGCGUCUGCUCGCCCGACCAGGUGCGCUGCGUCAGCCACGCCGACUGCUCCGCCAACGAGAAGUGCGUCCAACCGGGAGAGUGCGUCUGCCCGCCGCCGUUCUUCGUCGACCCGCUCGAUGGCAACAAGUGCAAGAGCCCGUGCGAGCGCUUCCCGUGCGGCCUGAACGCCAAGUGCACGCCGAGCGACCCGCCGCGCUGCAUGUGUGAGCCGGGCUACAAGGGAGACCCGCUGACCGGUUGCUCCGACGUGGACGAGUGCGCCGACAGCCCGUGCGCCUACGGCGCGCACUGCCUCAACGGGAAGGGCGACUACAAGUGCGUCUGCGCCAAGGGCAUGACCGGCGACCCCUACCGAUCUGGAUGCGUGAACGCGGACGGCGCCGGCAAGGCGGAGUGCGCCAGCGACGCGGACUGCGUCGGCCAGCUGGCGUGCGUGUCCGGCGCGUGUGUCAACCCGUGCUCGACGCUGCCGUGCGGGCCGCACGCCUACUGCGAGGCCGACAACCACGCAGCCUGGUGCCGCUGCGCCGUCGGCUACACCGAGGCCGCCAACGGAGAGUGCGUCUCAGUGUGCCAGGGCGUGGUGUGCGGCCGCGGCGCGCAGUGCAUCGUGACGGCGCUGGGCGCCACGUGCAAGUGCGUCGAGGGCUUCAUCGGCAACCCGUUCCCCGGCGGCCUGUGCGUGCCCGACGUCUGCUCGGCCAGCAACCCGUGCGCCGAGCCCAGCGUCUGCAUCGGCGGCCGCUGCAAGGAGCGCUGCGAGGGCGUCGUCUGCGGCGUCGGCGCCUCCUGCGACCGCAACACAAACAAGUGUGUCUGUGACCCCUUCUUCGUCGGCAACCCGGACCUCAUCUGCAUGCCGCCCGUGCUGCCGCCGCAUUGCGAGCCGGGCUGCGGAGAGAAGGCGCACUGCGAGUACGGCGUGGUGAACGUGUGCGUGUGCGACGCGGGCCACGAGGGCAACCCCUACCAAGGCUGCGCGCCGCAGGGCAAGGCGUCGUGCGCCAGCGCCGCCUGCGGCCAGGGCGCCCACUGCAGCCAGGGCCCGCACGGCAUGCAGUGCGCCUGCCCGCCGGGCUUCGCCGGAAACCCCUACAUCCUCUGUCAAGACGUGGACGAGUGCAGCAGCGCCGGAGCGUGCGGCGCCCACGCGGUGUGCAUCAACACGGCGGGCGGCUACGACUGCCGCUGCCAGGAGGGCUACGCCGGCAACCCGUUCGCCGUGUGCCUGCGCGUGCGGCCGGGGCCCUGCACGGACCCCGCCACCUGCAAGUGCGGCCGCGACGUGCCCUGCCCGCCAGGGUUCUCCUGCGAGAAGGGCAAGUGCCGCGACCUGUGCGCUGGAGUGAAGUGCGGCUCCAUGGCCACCUGCGACUCCGGGAAGUGCAUCUGCCCUGCGGGAUACAACCUGGACGCCAGCAGCAAAGCCUGCAAGCCGCUCGGCCACUGUAACAACGACCUGGACUGUGGCUCUUCAGAGAUUUGCUUCCACUUCCUGGGUGUUAAGGGCUCUAGCGGCGUGCGCAAGUGCGUGGACGCGUGCAGCAAGGCGCAGUGCGGGCCGAACGCGCUGUGCGUGUCCGAGCAGCACCGUUCAUCGUGCAUCUGCGCGGAGGGCACGAGCGGCGACCCGAGCGACCUGGUGCUGGGCUGCCGGCCCGAGGAAGAGGGCCAGCCGAAGCGCGGCUGCCUCAGCGACGCCGACUGCCCGCCGGGGCUCGCCUGCACGCUGGGCCUAGACGCCAGCCGAGCCUGCGUCGACCCCUGCCUCAGCGUCGCCUGCGCCAUCAACGAGGUGUGCCGGCUGGACGCGCAGCACGGCCCCGUGUGCCACUGCCGCGACGGCUUCGUGUGGAACCCGGUGUCGUCGGCGUGCGAGAAGCCGUCGCUGCCCGACUGCGCGAGCGACGGCGACUGCGGGCCGGCGGCGGCGUGCCGGCCCGACGCGCUGGGCGUGCUGCGGUGCGCCGACGCCUGCGCCGCGCUCUCCUGCCCGCCGCACAGCCAGUGCGAGGCGCGCGACCACCGCGCCACCUGUCGCUGCCUGCCCGGCUACACCGGCAACCCGGCCGACCGCGCCGGCUGCGUGCCCGCCUCCAGGAACUCCUGCACCAGCGACGCCAACUGCGCCGAGGCCGAGGUGUGCCGACUGGACGCGCAGACGAACUCGUUCUCGUGCCGGCCGGCGUGCCAGGCGGUGCGCUGCGGCCCGGGCGCCGUGUGCGCGGCCCAGAACCACGUGGCGCAGUGCCGCUGCCCGCCGGGCCCGUACGCCGGCGACCCGUACGACGCGGCGGCCGGCUGCCGCACCGUGCCCUGCGUCUACAACAUCGACUGCCCGCCCAGCCAGCUGUGCGACCGCCUCUCACACACCUGCAUGGACGUCUGCCACGAGGACUCGUGCGGCACCGACGCCGUCUGCGUCGCCGAGGACCACAAGGCUGUCUGCCAGUGCCCGCCGGGAUACAGGGGCAACCCAGAGAUCGAGUGCACGCCGGGAGCCGUGUGCCAGCCGAGCCCGUGCCACCCGAGCGCGACGUGCGAAGCGGCGCCGGGCGGUGACGGACACGUGUGCCGCUGCCCGGCCGGCCAGGUGGGCGACCCGUACACCACGGGCUGCCGGCCCGAGGGCCGCUGCCCCGGCGGGGACCGCGACUGCCCGGCCACCGCCGCCUGCCAGGGCGGCCGCUGCGUCAACCCCUGCGAGGCCGGCCGGCCGUGCGGGCCCAACGCGCUCUGCGAGGCGCGCGCCCACCGGCCCGUCUGCUCCUGCCCCGCCAAGUUCCAGCCGGGGCCCUACGGCGUCUCCGGCGGCUGCAUCCGCUCUCCCGCGCCCUGCAACAGCGACCAGGACUGUCUCGGCGACAUCUGCCACGGAGGACAAUGCAAAGUUGCCUGCAGAAACUCUGACGACUGUUCGAAUGGUGAGAAAUGCGUACUCAGCCUGUGCGUGCUACCGUGCGUGGGCCACACGCAGUGUCCUCAAGGUCUUGCUUGCACCAACGGCUCUUGUCUUCUCGGCUGCCGCUCAAGCAAAGAGUGCCCCAGCAACCAGGCUUGCAUCAACGCUAAAUGUCAAGACCCGUGCCUGCGCGAGGGCGCGUGCGGGCCGAACGCGGAGUGCCGGUGCGUGGAGCACGCGACGGAGUGCCGGUGCCCGGCGGGCUUCGCGGGCAGCCCGGCGCCCCAGCAGGGCUGCGUGCGCCAGCCGGCCGCGUGCCACGCGCCCGGAGACUGCCCCGCGCCCGGCUACGCCUGCUCGCCCGCCGGCCUCUGCGUGUGGCCGUGCGACCGCGGCUGCGCGCUCGGCGAGCGCUGCGGCGAGCUGGGCCACUGCGUGCGCGUCUGCCAUGCCGCCAGCAACUGCCUGCCCGCCGAGAUCUGCGACGAGGGCGUCUGCCGGCCCGGCUGCGCCACCGACCAGGACUGCUCGCUCGGACAAGUCUGCCUCCGCGGGAAGUGCAGGUGCGGCGUGGGCUUCACGUCGGGCCCGGCCGGCGGCUGCGUGGACGUGGACGAGUGCGAGGACGCGCCGUGCCACCACAGCGCGGAGUGCGCCAACACGGCGGGCUCGUUCCGCUGCCAGUGCCCGGCCGGCAGCGUGGGCGACCCCUUCCUCGAGCCCGGCUGCCGCGCGCCCGGCUCCUGCGACGACAGCGCCGACUGCGCCGACAACCUGGCGUGCCAGGCCGGCCGCUGCUCAGACCCCUGCGCCGCCGCCCCCUGCGGGCCCUCCGCGCUCUGCAACGUGUUCGACCACGCCGCCGUCUGCAGCUGCCCGCCGGGGCACCUCGGCGACCCCACCGACUCUGACGUCGGCUGCUUCAAGGUCGAGUGCACCACCAGCGAGGACUGCGCCCGCGACAAGACCUGCGACCAGCGCAGCUACAAGUGUAUCGAUCCGUGCGACCAAGUCAACUGCGGCAGAGGAUCUUGCAAAGUUCAAAACCACGAAGCCACGUGUUCCUGCUUUGAGGGCUACACCCUGCUCAACGGAAAGUGCGCCGACGUCGACGAGUGCGCCUCGAGCCCGUGCCACAGCACAGCCGUGUGCCGCAACGCGCCGGGCAGCUUCUCGUGCGAGUGCGCGGACGGGCUGGUGGGCGACCCGGUGCGCGGCGGCUGCCGCAAGCCCGGCGAGUGCCUCGGCGACGCCGACUGCCCCAGCAGCGCCGCCUGCGUCGACAACCGCUGCCGCAGCCCGUGCGAGGCGGCCGCGCCCGUCUGCGGCGCCAACGCCGAGUGCCUCGUGCAGGACCACCUGCCGCUCUGCCGCUGCCCCCAGCAGACCAGGGGAGACCCCAAGGUGGAGUGCGUAAAACUGGAGUGCUCCGAGAACGCCGACUGCCCGGCGACCCGCGCGUGCGUGGACUCCCGCUGCGUGGACCCCUGCUCGGUGGCGAGCGUGUGCGGCGCGCAGGCCGACUGCGUGGCCGUCAACCACGCGGGCGUCUGCUCGUGCCGGCCCGGCACCACCGGCGACCCGCGCCUCGGCUGCGUCGGCCUCCAGUACUGCGCCAGCGACGCCCAGUGCGCCGCCGGAGCCGCCUGCAACAACGGACUCUGCAAGUCACAAUGUACUUCGGCCCGCGAAUGCCUCACGGACCAGCUGUGUAUACAAGGUGUGUGCCAGCCCACAUGUAAGGCCAACUCCGACUGCCCGGAGAAACAACUGUGCCAGAACAGCAUCUGCAUACAAGAAGUGCGCUGCCGAGUUGACGGCGACUGCGCGGACAACGAGAAGUGUGUGGAGAACGCCCUCGGACAGGCGGAGUGCCGCGACGCGUGCGACGGCUCGGCGGCGUGCGGGCGCAACGCGCAGUGCGUGUCGCAGCGCCACCGGCCCGUGUGCUCGUGCCUGGCGGGCUUCCGCGGCGACCCGCUGGCCGGCUGCCGGCCCGAGGAGUGCCAGGCGGACGCCGACUGCCCGGCCGACCGCCGCUGCGACGACUACUCCUGCAAACCCGCCUGCGCGCCGCCCGCAGCCUCCUGCGGCUCCAACGCGCUCUGCUCCGCCGAGAACCACCGACCCGUGUGCCACUGCCAGCCGGGCUUCACGGGCGACGCGUCGCGCGGCUGCGAGCCGGUGGACGCGUGCGCCAGCUCGCCUUGCGGGCCGGGCGCGCUGUGCGAGAACGCGCGCGGCUCGUUCCGCUGCUCGUGCCCGCCGGGCACGGUAGGAGACGCCGCCCGCGAGGGCUGCCGCGCGCCCGUCGAGUGCCAGGUCGACGACGACUGCCCCGCCGCCACGCAGUGCUCCACCAUCACCGGAGUGCCCAAGUGCAGAGACGUGUGCGAGAGCACGCUAUGCGGCCAGAACGCCGAGUGCGUGGCCUCCGGGCACGCAGCGUCGUGCCGCUGCCGCGACGGCUACGAGGGCGACGCCAACGACCAGCGCGUGGGCUGCCGGCCGCGGCCGCUGCCCUGCCAGAGCAGCGCCGAGUGCCCCGCCAGCACCUACUGCUACGGACACAUCUGCAAGCCUCUGUGCCAGUCGGACGGCGAGUGCAACCUAACGGAGAACUGCGUGAACGGCCAGUGCGUGAACCCAUGCGAAGCUCGGGGUGCGUGCGGCAUGAACGCCGAGUGCCGCGUGCUCAACCACGGCAAGCAGUGCAGCUGCCCGCCGGGCUUCACUGGAAACCAGGCCGUCGAGUGCGUCAGGAUACCUGUAUCAUGCGAAUCGAACAAGGACUGCUCUGAAGGCAACACGUGUAGAGACAGCAUGUGUCUACCAGUGUGCAGUGCCGACACCGACUGCGCCCUCAAUGAGAAGUGCCUCAAGGGCAACUGCAUGCUGACGUGCCGCGUCCACAACGACUGCUUCUUGGGCCACAUCUGCCUGAACAACAUGUGCAUAUUCGGCUGCAAGUCUGACGAGGACUGCUCGGCCAGCGAGCAGUGCAUGGGCGGCCGCUGCGUCGAUCCGUGCGCCACCAAGCCGUGCGGACCCAACGCCAUCUGCUCGACGUCCAACCAGCGGGCCGUGUGUUCGUGCCCGCAGGGGCUUGUGCCCAGCCCAACAGCACAGGUGGCGUGCGUGCGUUCCCCCGCGGCGCCGUGCCUGGAGAGCCGCGGCUGCGCGCCCGGGCUCACGUGCCUGGCAGGCGCCUGCCGGCCGCUGUGCGCCGCGGACGGCGGUUGCCUGGGCAACGAGCGCUGCGACGCCCGCGCCGGCGUCUGCCGGCCCGCCUGCAGCCGCGACGACGCCUGCCGCCGCGGCGAGGUGUGCGAGGGGCUCGUCUGCGUCGCCGGCUGCCGCUCCGACUCCGGCUGCCCCUCCAGCGCCGCCUGCGUCAACGGACAGUGCCAAGACCUGUGCGCGUCGCCGACGGCUUGCGGUACAAACGCAGUGUGCUCCAUGUCGAACCACGGCAAGCAGUGUGAGUGUCCGGAGCCUCUCGUGGGAGACCCGAACGUGAGCUGCCGCCAGCCCACCACCACGUGCCAGACGGAAGCAGACUGUUCCGACGGGCAGACGUGCUACGUCGGUAUAUGCCACACCACCUGCAGAAACGACUUGUCCUGCCUAUCUGAUGAACGGUGUGUCGGAGGGCUGUGUAAAACAGUGUGCAACAGUGACGCUGCUUGCGGUUCCGGACAGAUCUGUGAAAACCGACUGUGCGUCGUGGGCUGCCGAAGUGACAACGUUUGUUCCGAUAAUCAGGCGUGCGUCAACAACAAGUGUAUCAACCCGUGUGACGCGCCCAACGCGUGCGGCGCGUGCGCGGAGUGCCGCGUGUCGAAGCACGGCAUGCAGUGCUCGUGCCCGGCCGGCUUCGCGGGCGACCCGCUGUCCGCGUGCUCCAAGCCGGCGGCGCGCUGCCCCGCGCCCGGCUGCGACCCCGCCGACUGCGACGAGGGCGGCUUCUGCGCCCAGCCCUGCUCUGACGACGCUGCCUGCGCCUGCGGAGAGACCUGCGUGCAAGGCCGCUGCCGCUCCCGCUGCGGCCCGGCCGGCGCCUGCCCACAGGGCCAGGUGUGCAGCGACAGCGGGGCGUGCGUGCCCGGCUGCCUGUCGCACGCGGACUGCCCGCAGGACCGCGCGUGCUCGGCCGGCCAGUGCCGCGACCCGUGCGGGCCGUCGGCGUGCGGCGCGGGCGCGCUGUGCCGCGCCGCCGACCACCGCGCCGUCUGCCUGUGCCCGCCCGGCCACCGCGGCGAGCCCAGCAAGGCCUGCCUGCCCGCCGGUCAGUGCUCGGCCGACGCCGACUGCCCGCCCGACCAGUUCUGCUCGCCCGCCGACGGCGCCUGCCGCAACCCGUGUCUGCAGGCCGACGCCUGCGGCACCAACGCACAGUGCCGCGUCGCCGACCGCAGGGCCGUCUGCUCGUGCCCACCUGGAUACUACGGAAACCCUAAGCUCGAAUGCAAGCAAGGAGGCGGCGGCGACUGCGUGCGCAACCCGUGCGGCGAGAACGCGCGCUGCCGCGACGUGGUGGGCGGCUACGAGUGCUCGUGCCCGCCCGGCUGCACCGGCGACCCGUACCGCGGCUGCCUCUGCGAGGACGGCCUCAAGAACGCCUGCGCCGGACACCGCUGCGGAGCCAACGCCCUCUGCCGGGUCACCGCCUCUGGGGGGCCCGAGUGCUACUGCCCUGCCAACUUCCCGGUCGGAAACCCCGAGCGUGAAUGCGUGUCGGACCGCUCCGGCGUGGACUGCCGCACUCGCGGCUGCGGCUCCGGCGCGGAGUGCAUCCGCGACGGCGCCGCCUUCGUCUGCCGCUGCCCGCCCGGGACGACGGGCCGCCCCGAGGUCGGCUGCCGCAAAGAGAACACCUGUGCGAGUGACGUAGACUGUCCGAGUGAGAAGGCUUGCGUGAGCGGCGAGUGUGCCGACCCGUGCUCGUCGCGGGGCGCGUGCGGCCGCGGCGCGCUCUGCCGGCCCCUCAUGCACCGCGCGCGCUGCUCGUGCCCGCAGUGCCACGUGGGGUCGCCGCACGUGCAGUGCGUGCGCGACCCGGACCCGCGCUGCGGGCUCGGGCAGCAGCCGCGGCCGGGCGGGGGUCCGUGCGCGGCGGACGCGGACUGCGGGCCGGCGGCGGCCUGCGUCCGCGGCCGCUGCGCCGACCCCUGCGUGCGCCCCUGCGAGCCGGGCAAGCGCUGCGAGGUGCGCGCGCACCGGCCCGUCUGCGUCUGCGCCGCCGGCUUCGUGCUGAGCGACGCGGGCGAGCUGGCGUGCGCCUCGGGGCCGCCCGCCUGCGCCUCCGACGCCGACUGCGCCUCCAACCGCGCCUGCGCCGCCGGCCGCUGCGUCGACCCCUGCUCGGCGCUGCCGCCGCCCUGCCGCCAGCCCGACCAGGCGUGCGACGUGCUCGACCACCGGCCCGUCUGCAUCUGCGUGCGCCGGUGCAACCCCGCGCUCUCCAUCUGCUUGCGCGACGCGGGGUGCCCGGCGCACCUCGCCUGCCGCAACUUCCGCUGCGUGGACCCGUGCGAGGGCGCGGGCUGCGCGCCCGGCGCGCCUUGCCGAGUCGAGGACCACACGCCCGUCUGCAAGUUCUGUCCCGCAGGAUUUGUCCCUGACGCGAAAUACGGAUGCCUCAAAGCAGGUGUCAGCACAAGCACGAGGGCACCGGUUCAGUGCACGUUGGAUGACGAGUGCACAGGUGCGCUGGCGUGCAUUAGAGGAGAAUGCGUAGAUCCUUGCACCAACAAGUGUGGUCUGAGCGCUCGGUGUAGGGUGGAGGCCCACCGGCCAGUGUGUUUCUGCCCCGUGGGCUACCGGGGGGAUGCGGCCGUUCGCUGCACGCCCGCCGAUAGCCCUCCGGCUCUCUCGACAUCUCAGGCUGCUCCUACAGUAUCCAUUCACGGUUCUUCUUUACCUACAGAUACAACUUCGGGGACAACUGUAACAUAUAAACUGGCAACAGACAAUCCCACAAUACAAACAGAUAACUUACACACCACAUUAGAGGCCCCAAGGACAGUAGAUAUUCUUACCGAUACUACAACGAAUGCUGAAACAACUACGUAUUCGUCGGUUCCUCAAGUCAGUGCAAGACAUCCUGCAACAGGAAAUGAGAUACCUUAUGAGACUUCGACAAACGAGGCUCGAAUGACAGAAGCAGCUACGUCCUCUGACUCACAGGAAACAUUGCAGGGGCAUACGACGAUUACAUCUGAGCCGUCGACCGCCGUAACAAACGAAUCAGAAACGACACUGGACUUUUCUUUUGAUUUGGAGGUCACGCCCUUUAAUGAACCUGUCAAGUUAUUCUCUAGCGACGAGCUAACUUCGGCUCCCGACACAACAGAAUCAGCCCCAAAAGUGGGUGACAAAGCCGCUACUACUCAGAUUACUCCAAUCACAAAAGAUAUCCUGUCUAGUGGUAUAUACAACACUGACAGUCAGGAAUUUGUUACUUCUUUCACGUACUCCUCUCGCAGACUGCCACACACAGAAGAAACAACACGAGAAUCAUACACGGCAGUAACGGAGAUGGUUUAUCGGAGUACAGUGACGUCUGAUAUACGCGAGGCAAGCGAACAUGGAAAUUCUGACACACCAGCCAAUACAUUGUUCAGCACCCUGACAGAAAAAACAAAUAUUGAAAGUAUGAUGACAUCAAAUGAAGCACUCCAUACCACAUUACCUAGCUCUACCAAGCUACACUCUGAAAAAAAGGAAUAUCAAACCACUGGAUCGUAUUACAGUUAUUACGGGCCAUCUGGGGAACAGAUCGAAACGACAUUAACUCCAUACGAUAUUCCUGUGACGGCUGUUUCUCACGUCAGUAAAGGACAAACAUCUACACCACGCUUGACACAACCAGAAACUUUCAAAGAAAAAUAUUAUAGUGACUACAAAGGAAUCACAAGCAGACAAGAUGUCACGCUUCCCGUAAAUUAUCAAGGAUCAACAGCAGAAAGCGUCACUGAUCAGCGAGUACAUGAAACGACAUCUGCAAACUAUCAUCAGUUAGUCACAAAAAACGACCAUUCGUAUGUUCCUGAAGCAAAAACGGAAACUGGGAUUACGACCCACGCUAUUUCACUGACUACAACAGAGGUCGAACAUUUCACCUCGGAGAGGGCUACAGGUUCACCAUUAUCGGUCAGUAGUGCACACGCUACUGUAGGUGGUGCAGAUGGGACUCAAGAGAGUUCCACAGCGCGCUUUCCAUCAAGCAAGGUGGUUCUCAAUGAAAUUUCUACAGACCAUAACAUAGGAAAAGACACAUCUUCGGCGCCACCGUGGACAAGCAGUGCUGCCACUUCGGAAACUUCUACAGUAUUAGAAACAAUAACAGUAACACCAGAGUUCACCGAGACGGCUGAAACAAAUACGCCGGUCAAAGAAAAGCCAUACAGCAUUUUAGUCGAUAAUUAUUCAUCCACUGCCACAGAAAACACGAAAUCGCCACAGUAUGGAAGUACCGUUCCGACCGUGGAAAACCCUGAGUAUGACUUCCAUACAAGCGAGAACAUCCAACUACACGUCAACACAGAAGCGACAGAAUACGGUCCUGCUUACGAAACAGAUAGAAAUGGAGUGGAAGGUACGACAAUAACGGCGGAAAGUGCCACCGAAGGCCGCGUGAUAACCGUUACGCCAGAGCACGGACGUGACAGAGGACCAGUCGUUACAGUGACCCCUGUGAACUACACACCACGUGAACAAGUGUACACCGUGACUCCUCUUCACAUUACUGAUAGUGCUGAAAGCACAAACCCGACAGAAAAAGAGAACACUGUGCAAAUGGCUACUGAUGGCUUCACUGAAACGCAAGGCACAGUGCCACAAACGAAUUUUGGUUCAACUGAAAAUAUCACAAAGCAAAAAAAUGAAAAUGAGGAAUUAUUUCCUGCGCAACAUACUGUACCUCCAAAGGGCGGCAUCAUCAGUACUGACGAUAUCCUAUCGACGGAAAAUGUAGCUGAUAAUUCAACUAAUACCGAACGAGUAUACUCGUUUACUCAAGUUAGUGAAGGAACAGCUUUACAACAGGACAAUUUGUUGCAAAAAGAACACAAGAAUGGCCUAGUACCUCAGAAAACAUACAGAAUAACAGACACAGACGACAUACUGGAUACAACAUACAAGGACACAGACAUGCAGACGGAAAAAAUGUUUGGCAAUAACGAAAAAAAGAUAUACACCUCAAUGCCGACGGUCAUAAAGCAUGACAUAGUUAGUAGUACUACCCCAAAAGAAAGUCCACCAAUAGGAGAGGCUACACAUUUCCAGCAAGGGACGACCGAAAGCAGUGUAAUGUCUACAAGAAUUGGUGAAAACCCCACCUUCCCGACAGAAAGAUGGGCACAGAAUUCAACUUUACCUCAAGGACAUAGACAUCAUGGUCAGGAAACAGCAGAACAGGACGAAGAAAUCACGACUGUCGAUGAGAAACGCAACACAGAAUUCAUUACAGAAACAAGUAAAGCUGAAGAAAUAAGUACGGAACUCACCAACAGUAGCAGCGAGCUUAUUUUUGAAACUAAUGAUCACGAUAGAACACAGGUAACGACGAAAAUUGUACCAGUUUACGCUCAGACAGUUUACACUGCGUCACCAGAAACCGAUGAAAAAAUAACGGAAGCAGAAACAAGUACUUUUUCCGAAACGUUGACGUCCUACACUCUUGUUACAACAGACAACUUCACCUCAACAUCGCAGGAACAUACAACUGUUUCACAAGACAAGAAAACUUAUGGGUCACCGCAAAUAGAUGAGAAGUCUGUAACAACUCCUUCAGCUACAAAGGAGAUCAGGUUACCGGAAGUCAAUAACAAACCUACAGAUCAACUUCCGCAGGUCAAGCACUCUACUACCAUAGGUGUUAUUGUCGAAGAAAGUACCGAACAAAUAUCAGACCAAUCUCCCGAGAUUAUAACAUCGACAAUAAACACACCAGCUUCCAAUGAGAGAACAGUAGAUGCAAUGAUAACAGAGAAUCACCUAGAAGAGAAGAGUUCUACGCAAAAUAUUAAACGUACUGAAAACUACACAGUGUCUGUACCAAAAGUAACUAUUACUUAUGAUGGAAUUACAAAAGAAACACAUCAAAAUCCAUACUCACAGGUCGCAGUAAUAACAGACACGGCAUCUGCAACUACAACAGAAUACGUUGCAUUACCCUACGAUUCCAAAACGACGAUACCUGAAUCUACAACAAAUAAAAUUUCAGAUGCAGAGGUAACCAGUGUGAUUACGACUCAGCAGGAUGAAAACAUAAAAACUACUCCAACGAAAGCGGAAACUUGGCGCAAUGAUUUAGAGGAAAGGACUUCUACAGAGUUUGUUUCCGACAUCAGAGAUUACACAAACAAAUGGGUAGUCCAAGAAGAAACUACCUUUGAAUCAGUAACACUAGAUUUCUCUCAACCUACCGAAAUUACUCAUACGUCAUCAGGUACCUCCGGCGAUUACACAAAUGAAGAGUUACCUCGUGAGACGUCUGAAGACAAUGGAACAUUUAGCGAUGGAAAUCCUACAACAGGUGAUGACAGACAAUCUGGAAGCGGAAACCAAUCUCACGUCUUUGUAGAAGACGACAUAAAAAUUACGCAGCCAAACAUAAAAACAACUGUACCAUUCGAUUCGUCGUCCAGUAACACCAAAAAUGUACGCACGUCCUUUCCUCCACUUACAAGUACAACUGAAAUUUACGAUAAUAUAUCACAGGUUCCGAAAGUCAAAUUUCCUCCGGAACGUGACACAUUAAAAGCUACUGCAACACACAAAACUCCAAGCAUCUCCUUGCCAACGACAAUUAAAAUUUCUCAGAACACUGAUGCUGCCGUUUCGUUGGCAGGAAGCACAGAGAAAAUUUCAACACAAAUUUUCGUACCGUUUCAGCCAUCGACGAACCCACAAAAACAAUAUGAAAUUAAAGCAGAUUCGCAUCUUACGGAGAAAACGGUAUUUACUGAUACAAGUCGGUACACGGAUGUUGUUUCGUUGGCAGUAAACACGGAGAAAAUUUCAACGCAAGUUUUUGUACCGUUUCAGCCAUCAUCGACCCUGCAAAAACAAUAUGAAAUAACAUCAGAUUCUCAUGUUAAACAGAAACCGCUGCUUCCUGAUUCAGCCCCCCAAUCCACAGAAUACUGGAUUGAUGUAAAUACUGUUGCAGAUAAGAUGAAGUCUUCUUACACAAAUCCUGCACCACAAUAUCCGGAUGAUUCUUCCAAAAUGCAUCAAACGCAUCACAUCACAGCAAAGGUAAAACUAAAUACUGAUAGCCCAAUCCGCGAAAGCGUUGGUGUAACAGAGUUUGAAAGAAGAGGUUCAAGUACCCAUGAUGAAAAUACGACAGACCUUCAACAUACAACAAAAUCGAGCGAAAGCUUUGAACCGUUGUAUGAAGCGGCUACAGGCCAAUUGCCAGGAGUAACGUCAGAAGCAAAUCUAACUCCAUUUCCUACAUCUCCGCCUGACAAAGAUAUUGCAACAAACACAAACAACUUCCAAGACACAGAAAACUUGUUGCCACAUACAACGGAAAGAAACGAUCUACCCACAGAUUUUGAAGGAGCAAAGGAGGAAAAAACUAUACAGACUGCAACAACUACAAACCAAGCAGAGGAGUCUUCCAAUUUCACAGCAGAGACAACACAUCAGACUCUCGGAACUGUGAGAGAAGCUAUAGUACGAACGGAACCCAAGGAGAUUUCCACUGCGCCGGAAGUAUUUAUAAACGAUCAUACCCAAUCGCUUGUUUCCAUUAGCACGUCACAACUCAACCAAGAACUCUCUAAUUGGGGAGACAUGAUCGAAGUACCAACAAAGGAUUACACUCAACAUGAAUUUCCCUCUACUGUAAAAGUAAUUUGUUCCAACUCUGUGGGAAAUGUUAACUGCGUAACAUCAAAGUCACCAGAUACUACAGAAAUCAUUACAGAAAGGGCAGAAGACGAAACGAUACAGCCAGGGAAGGCAUACACGUAUCCUGGUUUCCUAGGGACAACCAAAAAUUUUGUACACGGUUCGUCUGUGGGAACAGAAGACACUGGCACGAUCACCACAAAAUAUGAUCAUGGCCCAGUAACUACUCCCAUUGCUGAAGAAGAUGGAAAGAACAAUUAUUACACCAUCACAGGGCAGAGUAUUACGUCGACCACCAGCAUUCACUUUGAUGGAGAGGGAUCAACCGAUACAAACAACGAAGGGACUCUAAAGUCUGAAAUGCAGCCCUCAGUAACAAAUCAGUAUGAGUCCAAAUCAUCAUAUAAUGAACCGUUCGGUUACGAACAAACAACAGGGUUUAUGAUCAAAAUACCUACAGUAACCAUGGAUCCUUCAUUAUUUAUACCUCGUUCUACCAAUAUUCUUCCCACUAGUACUCCCCACACAGAGCAACAUCUGAAGGUUGUAACGAAGUAUCAUACAAACGAAAAUCAACAGCCAACAGAACAAGACAUGUUUACGAGUCAGACCGCAGCAAAAACAUUCGGACCUGCUAUAGGGGAAACACUUCCUUCACAGAGUACAGUCCCUAAUCAGAGAAACGAACCAUUUACUCGCACUGGUAAUGACCACAUGACAGUUACAGACAGCAUACAAGAUGUUUCAACCGUAAGGCAACAAGAACUGUCAAACAUGAUCCCAACCACACAAGAAAUCAAUACCCCAAGGAGAACAACAGAAAGUGAUGGGUAUUUCCAGCACACUGAGAAUGUCUACAUUAGCUCAGAUCAACAAGUGACAGGCAAUACAGCUGAAAGCACGUUACCUACAGACGUGACAGAUUACAAAAUAGUGUUUAAGGUGUCUCCUUCCGCCACCACAAAUACUGAAAUUUCAGGAUUACAGUACACACAGUCUGAUACUGAGGAAUAUUCCCCUGGUUCUACAAGAGCCACUUCUCAAAUCUUUAAACCUGCGAGUACAGUAUUAAACGAGCAAACAGUGAGCACCCCAAAUGGAAAUACAGAAGUAAACAAUGUAUCAGUAAUGCAGCUUGUGACUGAUAAGACUUCUGAAAGUCAUGAAACAAAACUAUGGUCUGUAACCAGACAGCAGUCAGAAAAUUCCAGUGAUGUUGGAAUGUCAAAAGGAAAUACAACAGAUUCUACAACAGUGACAAAUGUACAACAAACAGUAUUUCUGCCAACAGAUAGAUCAAACGAAUGGACUGUGUCCAGUGAUGAAGGGCAAAUUUCAAGAACACAUACCACUAGCUAUGGAGAAUUGUUAACACAUUACAAAACAGAACCUACUCUUGAAUAUGAAAGAAUUACUGCUGAAAUUUCAGAUAAACAGUUCUCACAAGCAAAAGGAACAGAGAGAACAGUAAUGACAAAUAAGGUAAAGACAACAUUAUCAUCAUUACAUGAGUAUGAUACAGAAGGAAUUGACUACAGUACCACAGAGACAAACGAAAUUAUUGUUACAAGUGAAGGACAUGAUGCAAAGAACCACCAGCAGCAAACUUCUUACAACAUUCUUACUACAAAAAAUAUUGAAAAGUCACAAACAGCAGGUAUCACGGGAGAUACAGAACAUGUCACUUCAGUACCUAUCAUUCAGGCCGGAGGAUCGCAGGAUGGAAAAUACUCUAAUAAACUCAAUACACAAACUCUUACAAAUGACACAGAAAUAAUUAUGCAGCAACAUACUGAUAUUGCCAAGCAUACUUCACAGCCUCAUCAGACAUUAGUAACAGACUCAACGACAAAGCAGACACUGGUAGAAUACAGCCCAAAAACUAACUUAAGAACUCAAGCUGUUUUGGUGCAAACUACUAUUACACUGGAACACACUGAACAACUGAACAGAACCAUUUUUGAACAUUCAGAAACUACUGAACCUCAGCCAGCACAGCUCAUAACAGGAAACACCCACACACUGGAUUACACAAUGGGAACCACUCUCAAACACACAGAGAGCAUCCCACAUCAGACAGAAUCUCCAUUGUGCUUCUCUGAUGCUGACUGUCCAGGUAACAUGUCAUGCAUCAAUGCAAGUUGUAAGAACCCCUGUUCCAUCAAUAGCCCUUGUAGAAAUGGUGCAGCCUGUGUUGUCAGAAACCAUUAUCCAGUGUGCCUUUGUCCAUCACAUGAGAACCAGACCACAGCCACUGUUGAAUGUAGAACACUGCCAGUUAUUGGCUGCAUCAACAACAAUCAGUGCCCUGCUCAAUUUGCAUGCAUCAAAGGCAAAUGUCAGAAUCCAUGCACUGUCUCCAAUCCAUGCAGCACUCAACACGAUUGUGAAGUACGUGAUCAUCAACCUGUCUGCAUAAAAGUUUGUUCCUGCCAAAAAUCGAGUGACUGCAGAUCUGGUCUCAUAUGUGAUGGCUGCAACUGUCUUUCUACAAGUACCGAACCAAAUGUGGUACCAUCUGGUUGUGAACACUGCCCACCUGGCAUGUUAUGCAAUCCAACAACUGGUGCUUGCUACAAAGUAACCGACGACCAGGAAAGUGGCACAUCUAUUACUACACAGCCAAGCCCAGGCAUUGUGGAAAAAGGAAUUGAGACAGUAACCCCGACAAUGACAGAAAUAAGUGAAACAACCAAACUAACCACUGAAGGAACUGCACAAACAAACACAGUAGUACCUACCAUAUUUAGCAUGGAUGAGGAAAACACGACUAUAGAACCUCCUUCAGAUGUGACUUUAUCUGAUAAAAAAGUUUCCGACACAGGACCUCAAAUAUUCUCUACAACAGAAAUGGCAAGUACAACAGCAAUAAAUACAGAAAUAUUGCCUACUUCAGGUGACAUUGAGUCAACAUCUAAUGAAAUGACAACAAAGGCAGUGUCUGUGGGAGUGACGGAAACGACACAAGGUGUACCUCUUAUAGAAUUAAUGCCAACAGAAACGGCCACACAGGAAAGUUCAACCAAUGAAGAGGUGGUUACUGUUACAGCUAUUCCAGAGGCGCAAGAACCGACAUCUGUUCCUGUUACUGUGCAAACAGAACCUUCUACAUCCGGUCUGGUAACAGAAAUACAGGAUUUUAGCACAACAAAACCAAGUAUGGAAACAGAAUCUGUAACUGAACUACCUGUAACACAGAGGGAAAUCAAUUUUGAGACUUCAACAGACUCUGAAUCUCUUAUCACAAAAGUUGCAGAGGUGACUACAGCAGCAAAUGAUGAGAGUUACUUUGAAUCAGUGACAAUUACUACAGAAACUUCCUCUGGGAGGGACUUAAAUUUAACAACAACUUCUAUGAGCGAAGAGGCAAGUUUAACAGAAAUCACAACAGCAGGGACAACAUUAGUGACAACCAGAGAAGACACAACAUCAGGAACCACAGUAGUGACAAGCAGAGAAGAAUUGUCAGAACCACUAGUACCAUCUACCACGGACAUAUCAGAACAGGCAAUUACAACUCCUUCACCAACAGUUACUGAGACAAAAAUUUUAGAUGCCCAAACUGAACCUGUAAGGGAAACCACAGAAAUGGAUUAUAACAACCAAGAAGUUACAACACAACGUGCUAUGAAUCUGAUAACAGAGCCUGAGUUUUCUGAAGGAAGUACAGAGACAGGUACAACACAGCAACCCACAAGAGCCCCAACAACAUUCGAAUACACAAGUACACCUCAGCAAGAGGCGGCAACACAAGAAUUACCCAGCAGUACUCAGGUAGAACUCGGAGAAGGUAUGACCACAGAAAUACCAAGACAGGUUUCUGAGACAAGACAACCAGAUGAAAGUAGUACAAUGCGCACAGAAUCACUGGAAAUGACAACUGAAUUAAAUGAUGAAACCACUGUUGGCACAUCGGACACUAAGGUGAAUGAUAUAACUGAUGUGCCAACAGACACAACUCUGCCAACUGCUACAAUUAGUUUCACACAAAAUAUAAAUGACAGUAAUCAAAUUCCAACAACACUUGCUCCUGACAUCACUAUCACAACUGAUAUUUCCAUAAAUACCACUCCAAGCCUAGAAACUACAACCAAAGACGAAAAUGCCUAUCCAUCUGAAAUAAGUACUACAACUGCAACACCAGAGGUUUUCACAACAGACAGAAACCUACAAGUGGGCCAGUCUACUCUGCAGAGCACCACACAGGUAACCACAGAAUUCUUUCCAGUAUCAGAGGCCACAACAGAAAAUAUUGUAACUGAAACAGAGAUUUCACCACGUGACAUAGGAACAACAACCACUGAUUAUCAGACUACAAUAAAUAACGUUGCAGAAACAAGUACUCGUGCACAGAACACUGAAGGAACAGAAAAAGACAUACAGACCAGUACCCCAUCCGAAGGUGCUGUUGGCAUAACUACAGAACAAAUGCAAACCACUAAAUUCAGAAUGGAUGAAGUAGUAACUGUGACGCAAGAAACAGAAACCACAACAGAAAGUAGGAUUAAUAUCUUGGAAGAUCAAUCAACAACAAUGGAAGCAUACACAAUUAAUCAGUAUACUGAGAAAGAGGACGAAAGUACAGUAACAACUGAGGCAAGCCCAUCGACAUUUGAAACAACUACAAUGAAUGAACAAACAACACUGCUGCCAGAAGCAACAACUCAGACUACAGCAAGUACAGUUACAGCAGAAGUACAGCCUGACACAGUGACACUCACUACCACAGAGCCCACAGAUGAUUACAAAACAGGAUCAUCAGCAUAUGAGACAACAACAGUGCGUAAUGAAUUGACAGUAACUGACACAGAAUCCUCUGUAACUGACUUGGAGACAGAAAAUCCAAAUACCACACCUAGUGUAACUGAAUCACCUCUAACAGAAAGUAGUGCAGGAACCACAACAACAGCUGAGAGUAUGCUAGAACUGACAUCAGAAUUUAUGGAAAGUGAGACAGUUACAAGUACAACAGAAACAUCUACUACUCCAACUGACUUUGACAACAGAUUUGAGACUACUACAACUAUUCCAUGUACUGUUGACAAAGACUGUCCUGAGACUGAAGCCUGUCGGGAUGGCCUGUGUCUCAAUCCUUGUGUGGGCACUUGUGGAUCCGGUGCCAUAUGCACAGUCUCAAACCACACCACACUUUGCACUUGCCCAAUCGGGCACCCUGGAAAUGCAACCGUGGACUGCCAACGAGAACCCACAGGAUUGCCGAAGGCACCCAGCCCCUGUGAAUCUGACAAUGACUGCCUCGACUCGGAGGCAUGCUACGGGCAGCUGUGCCAAGACCCGUGUGAGUUUUCCAAGGCAUGUGCCCCCACUGCUAAGUGUCAACCAAAGGCACACAGGCCAGUCUGCACUUGCCCCACUGGCUACGAAGGCGAUCCUGCAGUAAAGUGCUUCCUGUCAGAACCAUUGAGUUGUGCAAGCAAUGCUGACUGUCCCCUGACCGAAGCUUGCAUUGACCAAAAAUGUCAACGGCCCUGUGAAGUUCGCAAUCCUUGUGCUCAAAAUGCUGUCUGCAUCAACACAAAUCAUGGCACAGACUGCAGCUGUGCAGAAGGCUAUCAUGGGAAUGGAUAUGUGGGAUGUGUGCCAGUAACAGGACCAAAGAACGUUUGUCAGUACAAUGAGGACUGUCCUCCAGACAAGCUGUGUGACAGGCUGAACAGGGUUUGCAUAAAUCCUUGUUUGGAAGAAGCAUGUGGCGAAAAUGCUGAAUGUGUUCCAACAAAUCAUGCUAUUGAUUGCAGAUGCUUAGCUGGCUACUCAGGAAAUCCUUAUGUACAGUGCAACAGAGUUGCAGGCUGCCGCAGUGACAAUGAAUGCCCUACAAAUGAGGCCUGUGUUAAUGGCAGAUGUGGAAAUCCUUGUCAGUGUGGAAUUAACGCAGUAUGCAACGUUCUGAAACAUAAGCCAGUUUGUAAAUGUUUACAAGGAUAUACAGGAAACCCGGAAGUGGAAUGUAGAGCUCCAUCGGAUCCUUGCAAUCCAAACCCUUGUGGCAUAAAUGCUAAGUGCGAACUUGACAAUGGGAACCCAAUAUGCUACUGUCCUAAGGGAAUGACUGGCAAUCCGUUCAAAAACUGCAUUCCAGAGGGCGAGCCGUGCUCGCCGAACCCGUGCGGGCCCAACUCCGGUUGCCGGCGCGUGGCCGGGUCGCCCGUGUGUUUCUGCCUGCCUGAGUUCGAAGGUAGCCCGCCAGCGCGUCCCUGCGGGCCGCCGGCCAGCCCGUGCGAACCGUCACCUUGCGGGCCCAACACGCAGUGCGCCGUGCAGCAGAGCGGCAUCGCACGCUGCACCUGCCUCCCAGGCUUCGUCGAGAGCCCCAACACGGUGCGCGGCUGCGUGCCUCGCCGCUCACACUGCGACCCGUCGCCAUGCGGGCCCGGUGCCGCCUGCGACCCCGACCGCGACCCACCGUGCUACUGCCCCGACAACACCGUGGGGAACCCGUACCGUGGCUGUGCAGAGCGCACCAAGACGCUGUGUAAGCCCGGUCCGUGCGGCGCGAACGCCGUCUGCUACGUGGUGUCGGGCGGCCGCGAGGAGUGCGAGUGCCGGCCCGGCUUUUCCGGAGACGCGUACUCGGGUUGCACGGCGCAGCCGCCCAGCCCGUGCGAGCCGAACCCGUGCGGCCCCGGCGCGCGCUGCGAGGUGACCCCCAGCGGGCUGCCCAUGUGCCAGUGCCCCGCCGGGCUUUCGGGAGACCCGACCGGUCCCAAGGGCUGCGGCGGGCCCGAGUGCCGCACCGACGACGACUGCCCACUCACCCUGGCCUGCACCGGCCUGCGCUGCAGGGACCCCUGCCCCGGCUCCUGCGGCGUCGCCGCUUCCUGCCGCGUCGAGAAGCACCACCCCGUCUGCACCUGCCUGCACGGACUCGUCGGCAACCCGCUGCUGCGCUGCUCGCCUCCGCAAGGUCUGCCAGCGUCGCCGUGCGAGCCCAGCCCGUGCGGCGCCAACACCCGCUGCCAGGUGAUGGGCGGGCGCGCCGUUUGCACCUGCCUGGACGGCUUCUUCGGCGACCCGCAGGCCGGCUGCCGGCCCGAGUGCACGCUCAACUCUGACUGCGCGCCCGACAAGGCGUGCCUCGACAUGCGCUGCGUCAACCCCUGCGCCGCGGGCGGCGGCUCGCUCUGCGGCCUAGGCGCCGUCUGCAACGUGCGCGACCACACCGCCGUCUGCGAGUGCCCGCCCGGCUACAUCGGCAGCGCCUUCCUGCAGUGCGUGCCCAGGCCUUCGCCGCCGCCAGAGGCGAACCUGACGGCGUGGCGGCCCUGCUCGCCGUCGCCGUGCCUGGCCGGCGAGACGUGCGACGCCGUGUCCGGCGGCGUGGCGGCGUGCCUGCCGUGCCGCGGCCCGCUCUGCAGGCCCGAGUGUCUCACCGACUCGGACUGUCCGUUCGACCGCGCGUGCGUGGGCCGCGCCUGCGUCGACCCCUGCCCCGGCGCCUGCGGCCUGCGCGCCGUCUGCCAGGUCGUCCGCCACCAGCCCAUCUGCAGCUGCCCGCCACCACUGCGCGGCAACCCCUUCGAGUACUGCGUACAGCCUGUUGCUGGAGACAAGACGGACACGUGUGCGACGGUGCGCUGCGGCGCCAACGCCGUGUGCCGCGAACGCGGAGGCGUCGUGGCCUGCGAGUGCGUGGCCGGCUUCGCGGGCGACCCGUACCUGGCGUGCCGCCCCGAGUGUGUCAUCAACUCCGACUGCCCGCGCGACAAGGCGUGCGUCAACAGCAAGUGCGUUGACCCCUGCGUCGGCGCCUGCGGCCUCAACGCCCAGUGCCAGUGCAUCAAUCACGUCGCUGUGUGCUACUGCCCACCGUCAACAUCCGGAGACCCGUUCGUCAACUGCUUCCCGUUCAAGCCUGAGCCGACGCUGCCGCGACCGACGAACCCGUGCGACCCGUCGCCGUGCGGGCCCAACAGCCGCUGCCUGCCGUCCUCACAGGGCUACGCGGCGUGCUCGUGCCUGCCCGGCUACGUAGGUGCGCCGCCCGUAUGCAAGCCCGAGUGCGUCGUCAGCUCGGACUGCCCGCAGUGGCAGGCGUGCCUCAGCCAGCGCUGCGCCGACCCCUGCCCUGGCACCUGCGGGCUCAACGCGCUCUGCCAAGUCGUCAACCACAACCCCAUCUGCUCGUGCCCGCCCAACUACCAGGGAGACCCCUUCACCAGCUGCCACCCUCCUCUUGUGGAAGGCGAAUCGAAGCAGCCGAGCGGCGACCCGUGCAAGCCGACGCCGUGCGGGCCGUACUCGGAGUGCGUGGUGAAGCAGGGCCGGCCCGUGUGCUCGUGCCAGGCCAGCUACCUGGGCAGCCCGCCCUUCUGCCGGCCCGAAUGCGUGCUCAGCCAGGAGUGCCCACCGUCCAAGGCGUGCAUCAGCGAGCGCUGCCGCGACCCCUGCCAGCAGGUGUGCGGCUCCAACGCCAAGUGCGACGUCGUCAACCACACGCCCUUCUGCUCCUGCCUGCCCGGCUUCGAGGGCGACGCUUUCGUCGGAUGUACGCCUGUGCGAGAGCCUGUGGACAUCCCGAUGGACCCGUGCAUGCCGAACCCGUGCGGCGUAAACGCGCAGUGCUCGUCGCAGAACGGCGCUGCGCGCUGCACGUGCAUCCCGCCCAACAUCGGCGACGCUUACGGCACGGGCUGUCGGCCCGAGUGCGUCAUCAACUCGGAUUGCGCGGCGCACCUCGCUUGCGUCAACAAGCACUGCCGCGACCCCUGCCAGGGGCUGUGCGGCGCCGGCGCGCGCUGCGACGUCGUCAACCACGUCGCCGUCUGCAGCUGCCCGCCUGGGCUCAAGGGCGACCCCUUCAGCGCCUGCAGGGUCGAGACCACCACUCCGGUGGUUGAGACCGACCCGUGCCAACCGUCGCCCUGUGGACCGAACAGCGUGUGCCGCACUGUGUCUGGACACGCGGUGUGCUCCUGCCAGCAGGGCUUCCUGGGAUCACCGCCUUCCUGUAGACCCGAAUGCGUCGUCAGCUCUGAGUGCGCUCAAAACAAAGCUUGUAUCAAUCGCAAGUGCGUCGACCCUUGCCCAGGGACCUGCGGCCUUAACGCACGAUGCCAGGUCAUCAACCACAAUCCCAUAUGCUCCUGUGCGCCUGGGUACACUGGGGAUCCGUUCACCAUCUGCAACGUGGCUAAAGGGCCGGAGAUGGUACCGCAGAACCCGUGCUUGCCGUCGCCGUGCGGGCCGAACGCCGAGUGCCGAGUGUCUGGAGAGCGCGCCGUGUGCAGCUGCUCGCCCGGUAUGCUUGGCACACCGCCCUCUUGCCGGCCGGAGUGCGUCAUCCACGAGGACUGCCCCGCCACGCUGGCGUGCGUGCGCGCGCGGUGCCGCGACCCCUGCGCCGGCUCCUGCGGCUUCAACGCGCGCUGCGAGGUGCGCGCGCACCAGCCCGUCUGCUCCUGUCUGCCCGGCUUCGAGGGCGACCCAUUCUCCGGCUGCAACCCCGUGCAAGUGGUAGCGGUGGAAGCGCCGCGCAGGCCGUGCCAGCCGUCGCCGUGCGGGCCGAACGCCGAGUGCCGCGAGCGGCGCGGCGCGGGCGCGUGCUCGUGCCGGCCCGGCUACCACGGCGACCCUUAUGCGGGCUGCCGGCCCGAGUGCGUGCUGUCGUCAGACUGCCCGCGGCACCUCGCCUGCACCGCCAACCGCUGCCGGGACCCGUGUCCCGGCACGUGCGGCGUGCGCGCCCUCUGCCUCGUCGCCAACCACGUGCCCACCUGUGGCUGCCCCGCCGGCUUCACUGGAGACGCUACCCGAUCUUGUUUUCCGAUACCUGCCACGCCGCCGGCUCCCCGCGACCCGUGCGCGGCCGGGACUUGUGGUCCGCACAGCAAGUGCCGCGUCGUGGACGGGCACGCCGUGUGCAGCUGCAGGCCGGGCUGCGUGAACACGCCGCCCAACUGCCGGCCCGAGUGCGUCGUCAGCGCCGAGUGCGCGCUCAACAGGGCGUGCGUCGCGCAGCGCUGCGUUGACCCCUGCCCCGGUACCUGCGGCCGCAAUGCGCGUUGCCUUGUCGUCAACCACAGCCCCGUCUGUAGCUGUGCUCCGGGCUACACAGGAGACCCUUUCGUUCGCUGCGUCAGGCCUCAAACCCCUGCCGUGGUGGCGCCUGCGAGCAGUGACCCGUGCGUGCCCUCACCGUGCGGCCCCAGCUCGCAGUGUCGAUCUGUGGGCGGCAGGCCGGCUUGCACGUGCCUGCCCAACUACGUGGGCCGCGCGCCCAACUGCCGCCCCGAGUGCACCAUCGACGGUCAGUGCGCCGCCCACCUGGCUUGCCAGGGCAUGCGCUGCCGGGACCCGUGCCCCGGCUCCUGUGGACCCUUCGCCGUCUGCAGGGUAGUCAAUCACGGGCCUGUCUGCACGUGCUUACCCGGAUAUAUUGGUGAUCCUUUCUCAGGAUGCACUAUCGCUCCUCCAACUGUCCAUCAAGAGCCAGUGACUCCCUGCAAUCCAUCGCCCUGCGGGGCAAAUGCCAUGUGCAAAGACCGCCACGGCGCAGGCUCUUGCACCUGCCUGCCCGGUUACUUCGGAGACCCUUACACGGGCUGCAGGCCCGAGUGCGUGCUCAACACAGACUGCGACCGUAGCAAGGCGUGCGUCAACAACAAGUGCAGGGACCCGUGUCCCGGCACCUGCGGGCUCAAUGCCGAAUGCCGCGUCGUCAACCACGCGCCUUCUUGCAGCUGUCUUCCUGGCUUUAUAGGCAACCCUCUCAAAAGUUGCCAAGCUAUUUCUGUGACUCCGCCGCCCCCACCGCAAGACCCGUGCCGGCCCUCGCCGUGCGGCGAGUUCGGCGUGUGCCGCGUGUCCGCCGGGCACGCCGUCUGCUCGUGUCAACAAGGCUACAUCGGCGCGCCGCCCACCUGCCGCCCCGAAUGUAUUGUGAGCGCAGACUGUCCUCAGGACAAGGCCUGUACAAGGCAGAGAUGUGUAGACCCUUGCCCCGGCACGUGCGGGCUCAACGCGCGUUGCCAGGUGGUCAACCACAAUCCCAUCUGCUCCUGUGCUGCAGGACUCACGGGCGACCCGUUUGUGCGCUGCCACAAGGAAGACAAACCUAUAGUUCGUCCGCCGAGCGGCAAUCCAUGUGUUCCAUCUCCUUGUGGUCCAAACUCACAGUGUCGUGUGGUGGGCACACAGCCUGCGUGCUCAUGCUUGGCCAAUUACAUUGGCCGUCCGCCGAACUGCCGGCCAGAGUGCACGCUGAACGCUGAGUGUCCUAGCAACUUGGCUUGUCAAUCUGAACGCUGCAGGGAUCCUUGCCUAGGUUCUUGUGGACCACACACCACAUGUGUCGUCGUUAAACAUGCGCCAAUAUGCAAAUGCUUGCCAGGCUUUACGGGAGACCCGUUCGCCGGAUGCAUACCAGCACCAACUCAAUCACCCGUCGAAGCACCACGAAACCCUUGCAACCCGUCGCCUUGUGGUGCCAACGCAGUGUGCAAGGAAAGGCAGGGAGCUGGAUCUUGUGUGUGUCUUCCUGAGUAUUUCGGAGACCCGUACUCAGGAUGCAGACCAGAGUGUGUCCUUAACACCGACUGUGACCGAAGCAAGGCGUGCGUCAACAACAAGUGCAGGGACCCGUGUCCCGGAACCUGCGGCAUCAAUGCGGAAUGUCGCGUCAUCAACCAUGCGCCUUCUUGCAGCUGUCUUCCAGGCUAUAUUGGAAACCCUCUUAACUCUUGCCAUCUGCCUCCUACUCCAACCGCAGAGCCGCCCCGGGACCCGUGCAAGCCGUCGCCCUGCGGCCCGUUCAGCGUGUGUCGCGUGACGAACGGACACGCCGUCUGCUCGUGCCAGAGCGGCUACGUAGGGGCGCCGCCCACGUGCCGGCCAGAGUGCGUCGUCAGCACAGAGUGCCCGCAGGACAAGGCGUGCGUCAACCAGAAGUGCGUCGACCCCUGCCCCGGCACCUGCGGCCUCAAUGCCCGCUGCCAAGCCGUCAACCAUAACCCCAUUUGCUCUUGCGCUCCCGGCUACACAGGAGACCCCUUCUCUAGAUGUAUCAAGGAGCAGAAGCCUAUAGCACAGCCGCCUAGUGGCAACCCGUGUGUGCCAUCACCGUGUGGGCCCAAUUCGCAGUGCCGUGUUGUCGGGACGUCCCCUGCAUGUUCUUGCCUGCCAAACUACGUGGGACGGCCACCCAACUGCCGGCCAGAGUGCACACUGAACGAGGAGUGCCCGAGUGCGCUGGCUUGUCAGUCUGAGCGCUGCAGAGACCCUUGUCCAGGCUCGUGCGGAGCACACACUACUUGUACCGUAGUCAAGCAUGCACCUAUAUGCACAUGUCUCCCAGGUUUCACAGGAGACCCAUUUGCCGGCUGCGCAGCUGUACCAUCUCAAGCGCCCGUCGAGACGCCACGAGACCCGUGUAAUCCAUCGCCUUGCGGUGCGAACGCGGUGUGUAAAGAAAGACAAGGCGCUGGCUCGUGUGUCUGCCUUCCUGAGUACUUCGGAGAUCCGUACACAGGAUGCAGGCCCGAGUGCGUGCUCAACACAGAUUGCGAUCGUAGCAAGGCUUGCGUUAACAACAAGUGCAGAGACCCGUGUCCCGGCACUUGCGGUCUCAAUGCUGAAUGCCGCGUCGUCAACCACGCACCUUCUUGCAGCUGUUUACCAGGAUACAUUGGAAACCCUCUAAGUUCUUGCCAUCUCCCUCCGUCUAUACCAAAAGAAGAACCGACGAAGGACCCAUGCAAGCCAUCUCCCUGUGGGCCGUUCAGCGUUUGUCGCGUGACAAAUGGACACGCCGUCUGCUCUUGCCAGAAGGGCUAUAUAGGUGCUCCGCCCGCCUGCAAACCGGAAUGCGUCGUAAGCACAGAAUGUCCGCAGAACAGGGCGUGCGUCAAGCAGAAGUGCACAGACCCCUGCCCUGGUACAUGUGGCAUAAACGCUCGCUGCCAAGUCGUCAACCACAAUCCUCUGUGCUCUUGUGCCCCUGGUUUCACUGGAGAUCCAUUCACUAGGUGUAUUAAGGAAGAAAAACCAGUCGCACAACCGCCGAGCGGGAACCCGUGCGUGCCGUCGCCGUGCGGGCCCAACUCGCAGUGCCGCACCGUGGGCACUCAGCCCGCGUGCUCCUGUCUGCCCAACUACGUGGGGCGUCCGCCCAACUGCCGGCCCGAGUGCACGCGUAACGAGGAAUGCCCCAGCGCCCUCGCUUGCCAGUCGGAGCGCUGCAGGGACCCGUGCCCCGGCUCCUGCGGCGCGCAGACCACGUGCACGGUCGUCAAGCACGCGCCCAUGUGCCUCUGCAGGCCUGGUUUCACCGGCAACCCGUUCAGCGGGUGCUCCCAGAUUAUACAACUACCAACUUCAACGGAAGGUCCACGAGACCCAUGUAAUCCUUCGCCUUGUGGUGCGAACGCCGUAUGCAAAGAGCGCCAGGGCGCGGGCUCUUGCACGUGCCUACCCGAGUACUUCGGAGACCCUUACACGGGCUGCAGGCCCGAGUGCGUGCUCAACACAGACUGCGACCGUAGCAAGGCGUGCGUCAACAACAAGUGCAGGGACCCGUGUCCCGGCACCUGCGGAACCAACGCCGAGUGCCGUGUUGUCAACCACGCGCCUUCCUGUACCUGCCUGCCGGGAUAUUCUGGAAAUCCCCUCACUGCAUGCGUACACAGGGAGCCCACCGUGCAGGAGAAGCCGCGCAACCCGUGCGAGCCGUCGCCGUGCGGGCCCAACAGCGUGUGCCGCGUCACGGACGGACACGCCGUCUGCUCGUGCAGCACCGGCUUCGUGGGCGCGCCGCCCAACUGUCGGCCCGAGUGCCUCGUGAGCUCCGAGUGCCCGCAGAACAGGGCGUGCUCGCGCCAGAAGUGCGUAGACCCGUGCCCCGGCACCUGCGGCAGGGCCGCGCGCUGCCAGGUAGUCAACCACAACCCCAUCUGCUCGUGCCCGCCGGGAUACACUGGAGACCCCUUCUCCCGCUGCGUCAAAGAGCAGCCCGUGACGCCCCCCGCGCCGCCGAGGGACCCUUGCUCGCCGUCGCCGUGCGGACCCAACUCGCAGUGCCGCGCCGUGGGCUCGCAGCCUGCGUGCUCCUGCUUGCCCAACUACGUGGGGCGAGCCCCCAACUGCCGGCCCGAGUGCUCCUCUGACGGCGACUGCCCCGGCAACAGGGCGUGCCGUGACCUGCGGUGCGUCGACCCGUGCCGAGGCGCGUGCGGCUUCCUCGCCAUGUGCGUGGCCGCCAACCACCGCGCCGUCUGCACCUGCCCGGAGCGCUACCGCGGCGACCCCAACACCAACUGCGUGCCCGCCCCGCCAUCGACGGAGCGCACGCCUGCGUCGACGCCGUGCCAGCCGUCGCCUUGCGGGCCGAACGCCGAGUGCCGCGAGCGCGGCGGCGCCGGCGCGUGCUCGUGCCUGCCCGGCUACCAGGGAGACCCGUACGCCAAGGACGGCGCGCGCGGCUGCCGGCGCGAGUGCGAGGCGUCCGGCGACUGCGCGCCGCAGCUGGCCUGCGUCGCCUACCGCUGCGUCGACCCCUGCCCCAACACCUGCGGGGUCGGAGCCGUCUGCACCGUCGCCAACCACGUACCCGUCUGCAACUGCCCGCCCGACUUCACCGGAGACCCAUUCUUCUCCUGCCGCCGUGUGCAAGUCACCACCCCUCAGACGGUGGUGGACCCGUGCGUGCCCAGCCCGUGCGGGCCGAACGGCGUGUGCCGCGUGGUGAACGAGCAGGCUGUGUGCUCGUGCCUGGCGGGCUACAUCGGUGCUCCGCCCAACUGCCGGCCCGAAUGCGUCGUCAGCUCCGAGUGUCCGGAUGACCGCGCCUGCAUCAACAACAAGUGCGCCGACCCGUGCCCCAACACGUGCGGCGUGGGCGCCCGCUGCAGCGCACGCAACCACAGCCCCAUCUGUGCCUGUCCGCAGGGCACCACCGGGGACCCAUUCUCCAGGUGCACGCGUUUACCGGCAGUGGUGGACCAGCCGGUGACGCCGCGGCCGCCGUCGUGCACGCCGUCGCCGUGCGGGCCGAACGCGCAGUGCCAGAUGGUGGGCGGGGUGCCCGCGUGCUCGUGCCUGCCCGACUACCGCGGCUCGCCGCCCAACUGCCGGCCCGAGUGCGUGCUCAGCUCCGAGUGCCCCAGCCAGCUGGCGUGCGUGCGCCUGCGCUGCCAGGACCCGUGCCCCGGCUCGUGCGGCCACGGCGCCGAGUGCAGGGUCCAGAACCACGUGCCCGUCUGCACCUGCGGGCCAGGACUCACCGGUGACCCCUUCUCGCGGUGCGACCCCAUCCCGGUCACGCCCAGCACCGAGGCCACCGUCACCGACCCGUGCAGUCCGUCGCCUUGCGGUCCUAACGCCAUCUGCAGCGGCCAGGGGGAGUGCACCUGCCUGCCUGACUACCAGGGCAACCCGUACGAGGAGUGCCGGCCGGAGUGCGUGACGAACGGCGAGUGCCCGCGCGACAAGGCGUGCCUGCGCAGCAAGUGCCGCGACCCGUGCGUCGGCACCUGUGGCCAGAACGCGCGCUGCGACGUCGUCAACCACAUCCCCGUCUGCGCCUGCCUCGACGGCUACACCGGCGACCCUUUCACCAACUGCAGAAUCGCCCUCACAGAGAAACCGCCGUCUCCGAUUGACAAGUGCAGGCCGUCGCCUUGCGGGCCCAACAGCCAGUGCCGCGAGUCGGACGGUCACGCCGUGUGCUCCUGCCUGUCUGGCUACGUGGGCGCGCCGCCUUCCUGCAGGCCCGAAUGCGUCGUCAGCGCCGAGUGUCCGCAAACGCGCGCCUGCGUCAACAAGAAGUGCACCGACCCCUGCCUCGGCUCCUGCGGCCUGGGAGCGCGCUGCGAGGUCAUCAACCACAGCCCCAUCUGCUCCUGCCGACCUGGCCAGACUGGCGAUCCGUUCCGCAGCUGCCAGGACCUACCACCGCCGACGAAGGAUGAGCCGGUGAGCCCGUGCGAGCCGUCGCCGUGCGGUCCGAACGCGCAGUGCCAGCCGGCUGGAGGCGUGCCGUCGUGCUCGUGCCUGGAAGGCUACGUCGGCUCUCCGCCCAACUGCCGGCCCGAGUGCGUUAUCAGCCCCGACUGCCCGUCAAACCUGGCGUGCGUCAACGGCAAGUGCCGCGACCCUUGCCCCGGCUCCUGUGGCGUCAACGCGCAGUGCCAGAUCAUCAGCCACGCUGUCACCUGCAUAUGCGCCCCUGGCUACACCGGCGAUCCCUUCGUGCAGUGCACGCCACACAUACCCGCCGAGGAGACGCGCAACCCGUGCGAGCCGUCGCCGUGCGGCACGAACGCGGUGUGCAGCCAGCGGAACGGCGCGGGCUCGUGCGCCUGCCUGCCCGACUACCAGGGCAACCCGUACGAGGCGUGCCGGCCCGAGUGCGUGCUCAGCUCCGACUGCCCCACGGACCGCGCCUGCCAGAGGAACCGCUGCGAGGACCCCUGCCCGGGCGUGUGCGGCCUCAACGCGCAGUGCUCCGUCAUCAAUCAUAUCCCCACCUGCACCUGCCUGCCCGGCUACGAGGGCGACCCCUUCGCCACCUGCACACGGACGCCGCCGGCAGUGACGACGCCGCAGACAGUUCGAGAACCUUGUCAGCCGUCGCCGUGCGGUCCCAACAGUCAGUGCCGCGCGGUCGGCGGCCAGGCUGUGUGCUCGUGCCAGCAGGGCUACAGCGGUGCGCCGCCCAACUGCCGGCCCGAGUGCGUCGUCAACGCCGAGUGCCAGCAGACGCGCGCCUGCCACCGCUUCAAGUGCGCGGACCCCUGCCCGGGCACGUGCGGCCUCGAGGCGCGCUGCCAAGUCAUCAACCACAACCCCAUCUGCUCCUGCCCGCCCGGCUACACGGGCGACCCGUUCGCGCGCUGCUACCGCCAGCCGGCCGAGCCGGUGCAGCAGACCACUCCCGUCGACCCGUGCAGGCCUUCACCGUGCGGGCCCAACGCAGACUGCCAGCCACAGGGAGACCGUCCUUCGUGUUCCUGCCGACCUGGCUACAUCGGAGUGCCUCCCUCGUGUCGACCGGAGUGUGUAGUCAACACAGACUGUGCACCAACGAAGGCCUGUGUGGCUGAGAAGUGUCGCGACCCUUGCUCCGGCUCGUGCGGCUUCGGCGCCGAGUGUCGCGUGCAGAACCACAUCCCUACCUGCACCUGCCCUGCCGGUAUGACUGGUGACCCGUUCGUCACGUGCACGCAGCUCGUGGUGGAGAAGCCGCCGCCAGAAGACCCGUGCAACCCGUCGCCGUGCGGCCCCGGCGCGCGAUGCGACGACGGCAGCUGCAGCUGCCCGCCCGAGUACCAGGGCGACCCCUACUCUGCCACCGGCUGCCGGCCCGAGUGCACCACCAACAACGACUGCCCGCGCAACCGCGCCUGCACCAACUUCCGCUGCGUCGACCCGUGCACCGGCACCUGCGGCCAGGGCGCGCGCUGCGACGUCGUCAACCACAUCCCUACCUGCUCCUGCCCGGAGGGAACGUCUGGCGACCCCUUCACUCUCUGCAGAACUGUACAGGCUGUCGAAGCUACGCGAGAUCCGUGCCAGCCGUCGCCGUGCGGCCCCGGCGGGCUGUGCCGGGUGGUGGACGGCCACGCGGUGUGCUCGUGCCAGCCGGGCCUGGUGGGCGCGCCGCCCUCCUGCCGGCCCGAGUGCGUCGUCAGCGCCGAGUGCCAGCUCACGCAGGCCUGCCUCGCCACCAAGUGCGUCGACCCGUGCCCGGGCACCUGCGGCGUCAACGCGCGCUGCCAGGUCGUCAACCACAACCCCAUCUGCUCCUGUGCACCGGGCUUCACCGGUGAUCCCUUCUCCAGGUGCUUCCAGCAGCGAGUUCCAGAGGACAAGCCGACAGUGCCGGAGAAUCCCUGCUUGCCUUCGCCGUGCGGUCCGAACGCGCAAUGCCAAGUCCGAGGGGCCGGCCCCGCUUGCACGUGUCUCGACGGUUACGUGGGCGCACCGCCCUCCUGUAGGCCCGAGUGUACCAUCAAUCCCGAGUGCCAAAGUAGGUUCGCGUGUAUCAAUCAGCGUUGCGCUGACCCGUGUCCGGGAUCGUGCGGUUCGAAUGCCGAGUGCCGCGUUGUGAAUCACACGCCCGUCUGCAGCUGCGUCCCUGGAUUCACCGGAGAUCCCUUCACCGGAUGCAGUCCUGCUCCACAAGCACCGGCAGUGGAGGAGCGCCCCACGCCGUGCUCGCCGUCCCCCUGCGGCGCCAACGCAGUGUGCAGAGAGCGCAACGGCGCCGGCUCGUGCUCCUGCCUGCCAGACCACGUGGGCAACCCGUACGAGGGCUGCAGGCCCGAGUGCGUGCUCAGCUCCGACUGCCCGCCCGAGAGAGCCUGCGUGCGCUCCAAGUGCGCCGACCCGUGCCUCGGCACGUGCGGCCUCAACGCCGACUGCGCCGUCGUCAAUCACGCCCCCACCUGCUCGUGCCGCCCCGGCUUCACUGGCGACCCCUUCCGCCAGUGUUCGCCGGAGCCCACAGCCCCUGUAGCGGCCGAACCUCAAGACCCGUGCAGGCCGUCGCCGUGCGGCCCGUUCAGCGAGUGCCGGCGCGGGGCGUGCUCGUGCCUGCGGGGAUACGUGGGCGCGCCUCCCGCCUGCCGGCCAGAGUGCACGCUCAACGCCCAGUGCCCACCGCAGCGCGCAUGCGUAGAUUUGCGCUGCGUCGACCCCUGUCCCGGGCCCUGCGGCCAGCGGGCUGCAUGCCGUGUCCUAAACCACUCCCCAGUCUGUAGCUGUCCCCCUGGCCUCACGGGGGAUCCUUUUGUCAGAUGUUAUCCCUCACCACCGCCUAUUUUGCAUCCUGCCGAGCCUGUGCAUGUCGACCCGUGCAUGCCUUCUCCCUGUGGUCCGUAUUCUGAAUGUCGCAACGUCGGAGGCUCUCCAUCUUGUGCGUGCCGGCAGAAUUACAUUGGUACACCACCCAACUGCAGACCUGAAUGUGUUAUUAGUUCAGAGUGUCCAAAGAAUAAAGCUUGUAUAAGAGAGAAAUGUCGUGAUCCGUGUCCUGGAUCGUGUGGAAUUGCAGCUCAAUGCAGUGUCGUGAAUCAUACUCCUAUCUGCAGCUGCCCGGAAGGAUACACAGGAGACCCAUUCACAAGCUGCUCCCCAAAACCACCAGAACCUCCAGAGCCAGUGGUAACCGACCCAUGUAAUCCGUCACCAUGCGGACCUAACGCUCUCUGUCGAGAUGGCAGCUGUACUUGUCUUCCGGAGUACCAAGGAGAUCCUUACACGGGCUGUCGCCCCGAGUGUGUGUUGAGCACUGACUGUGACAGGACGAAAGCCUGCAUCAGGAACAAGUGCACAGAUCCUUGUCCAGGAACAUGCGGACAGGGUGCUACAUGCAAUGUUGUUAAUCAUAUCCCCAUAUGUACUUGCCCGGAAGGCACCUCUGGAAACGCUUUCGUGCUUUGCAGACCAGUACCACCUCCCGUGGCAACCCAGCCAUGCAACCCGUCUCCAUGCGGUCCCAACAGCCAAUGUCGGGAGAUUAACGGCCAGGCUGUAUGUUCAUGUGUGCCGGGCUACCUAGGAAGCCCACCGGCGUGCAGGCCAGAGUGCGUUGUGAGUUCCGAUUGCAGCCAGAAUGAAGCCUGCAGCAACCAGAAAUGUAGAAAUCCUUGCCCAGGAACGUGUGGAAUUGGGGCUAAGUGUCAGGUGGUGAAUCACAACCCUAUCUGUAGCUGUCCACCGCGCCACACGGGAGACCCGUUCACCAGAUGCCUGCCCAUACCUGAUUCGCCGGUGAGCAAGCCAGUGAACCCUUGCCAGCCGUCACCAUGUGGUCCAAAUGCUCAGUGCAAGGUAGCUGGAGACAGCCCCUCUUGCUCGUGCCUGCCAGAAUUCAAAGGCUCGCCACCAAACUGUCGGCCUGAGUGCGUCAGCAACAGCGAGUGUGCCAGCCACCUGGCCUGUAUGGGGCAGAAGUGCAAAGACCCCUGUCCCGGAGCUUGUGGAUCAAAUGCUGAGUGCCGAGUGGUCAGCCACACGCCUACGUGUGUGUGUGCGGUUGGAUACACUGGAGACCCGUUCUCUCAGUGCUUUGUACAACGUAAGAAUGAACUCCUGACCGUGCCCCAGGAGAGGCCAACGCCCUGCUCUCCGUCGCCAUGUGGUUCGAAUGCAGUGUGUAGGGAACAGAAUGGCGCUGGAUCUUGCACUUGUCUACCAGAGUAUGUGGGCAACCCAUACGAAGGCUGUCGGCCAGAGUGCGUGGUGAACACUGACUGUGCUCCCAACAGGGCAUGUAUUCGUAACAAGUGCCAAGACCCAUGCCCCGGCACGUGUGGCCCGAAUGCAGAUUGCCAGGUGGUCAAUCACCUGCCAUCGUGCACAUGCCGGCCGGGAUACACUGGAGACCCGUUCCGAUACUGCACAGUGCAGGCUAGCGAACCUGUGGUAGCUGAACCAGGAGAUCCGUGCAGCCCAUCGCCAUGUGGUCCUAACAGCCAAUGUCGCCAAGUGAAUGGGCAGGCUGUGUGCUCAUGCCUACCGUCGUACAUUGGCAGUCCACCAGGCUGUAGACCAGAGUGUGUGGUGAGCUCCGAAUGCCCGCAGAACCGAGCCUGUGUGAACCAGAAGUGUGUGGACCCUUGCCCUGGGCCGUGUGGCCUCAAUACUCGCUGCCAGGUGAUCAACCACAGCCCAAUAUGCAGUUGCAAACAAGGAUAUACCGGAGACCCCUUCGCCAGAUGCCAUCCAAUUCCACCUCCACCUCAGAGGCCGAGUGCCCCAGUAGUUGUGAAUCCUUGCAUCCCAUCACCAUGUGGGCCGUAUUCUGAAUGUCGUGAUACAGGUGGCAAUCCUUCAUGCUCAUGCCUGGCAAAUUACAUUGGCGCUCCACCAAACUGCCGUCCCGAGUGCUCCAUCAACUCGGAGUGCCCCAGCAACAGGGCUUGUAUCCGGGAGAAGUGUCGUGACCCAUGUCCUGGGUCGUGUGGCAUUGGCGCACAGUGCAGUGUGAUCAACCACACCCCAGUGUGCACAUGUCCUGAGGGGUACACAGGAGAUCCAUUCACCAACUGCUUCCCAAAACCGACAAAACCUGUGGAAUCGGACCCGUGCAAUCCUUCGCCUUGCGGGCCUAACGCCGAAUGCCGAGAUGGCAGUUGUACUUGUCUUCCAGAAUACCAAGGAGACCCAUACACUGGUUGCCGGCCAGAGUGCGUGUUGAGUACUGAUUGUGACAGGACGAAAGCUUGCAUCAGGAACAAGUGUGCUGACCCCUGCCCAGGAACUUGCGGACAGGGUGCUCGAUGCGACGUAGUCAACCACAUCCCCAUCUGUACCUGUCCAGAAGGCACCUCUGGAAAUGCCUUCAUACAGUGCCGGCCUAUUCCACCUCCCGUGGCAACCCAGCCAUGCAACCCGUCUCCAUGCGGUCCCAACAGCCAAUGUCGGGAGAUUAACGGCCAGGCUGUAUGUUCAUGUGUGCCGGGCUACCUAGGAAGCCCACCGGCGUGCAGGCCAGAGUGCGUUGUGAGUUCCGAUUGCAGCCAGAAUGAAGCCUGCAGCAACCAGAAAUGUAGAAAUCCUUGCCCAGGAACGUGUGGAAUUGGGGCUAAGUGUCAGGUGGUGAAUCACAACCCUAUCUGUAGCUGUCCACCGCGCCACACGGGAGACCCGUUCACCAGAUGCCUGCCCAUACCUGAUUCGCCGGUGAGCAAGCCAGUGAACCCUUGCCAGCCGUCACCAUGUGGUCCAAAUGCUCAGUGCAAGGUAGCUGGAGACAGCCCCUCUUGCUCGUGCCUGCCAGAAUUCAAAGGCUCGCCACCAAACUGUCGGCCUGAGUGCGUCAGCAACAGCGAGUGUGCCAGCCACCUGGCCUGUAUGGGGCAGAAGUGCAAAGACCCCUGUCCCGGAGCUUGUGGAUCAAAUGCUGAGUGCCGAGUGGUCAGCCACACGCCUACGUGUGUGUGUGCGGUUGGAUACACUGGAGACCCGUUCUCUCAGUGCUUUGUACAACCUGUAGCCGUGCCCCAGGAGAGGCCAACGCCCUGCUCUCCGUCGCCAUGUGGUUCGAAUGCAGUGUGUAGGGAACAGAAUGGCGCUGGAUCUUGCACUUGUCUACCAGAGUAUGUGGGCAACCCAUACGAAGGCUGUCGGCCAGAGUGCGUGGUGAACACUGACUGUGCUCCCAACAGGGCAUGUAUUCGUAACAAGUGCCAAGACCCAUGCCCCGGCACGUGUGGCCCGAAUGCAGAUUGCCAGGUGGUCAAUCACCUGCCAUCGUGCACAUGCCGGCCGGGAUACACUGGAGACCCGUUCCGAUACUGCACAGUGCAGGCUAGCGAACCUGUGGUAGCUGAACCAGGAGAUCCGUGCAGCCCAUCGCCAUGUGGUCCUAACAGCCAAUGUCGCCAAGUGAAUGGGCAGGCUGUGUGCUCAUGCCUACCGUCGUACAUUGGCAGUCCACCAGGCUGUAGACCAGAGUGUGUGGUGAGCUCCGAAUGCCCGCAGAACCGAGCCUGUGUGAACCAGAAGUGUGUGGACCCUUGCCCUGGGCCGUGUGGCCUCAAUACUCGCUGCCAGGUGAUCAACCACAGCCCAAUAUGCAGUUGCAAACAAGGAUAUACCGGAGACCCCUUCGCCAGAUGCCAUCCAAUUCCACCUCCACCUCAGAGGCCGAGUGCCCCAGUAGUUGUGAAUCCUUGCAUCCCAUCACCAUGUGGGUCGUAUUCUGAAUGUCGUGAUACAGGUGGCAAUCCUUCAUGCUCAUGCCUGGCAAAUUACAUUGGCGCUCCACCAAACUGCCGUCCCGAGUGCUCCAUCAACUCGGAGUGCCCCAGCAACAGGGCUUGUAUCCGGGAGAAGUGUCGUGACCCAUGUCCUGGGUCGUGUGGCAUUGGCGCACAGUGCAGUGUGAUCAACCACACCCCAGUGUGCACAUGUCCUGAGGGGUACACAGGAGAUCCAUUCACCAACUGCUUCCCAAAACCGACAAAACCUGUGGAAUCGGACCCGUGCAAUCCUUCGCCUUGCGGGCCUAACGCCGAAUGCCGAGAUGGCAGUUGUACUUGUCUUCCAGAAUACCAAGGAGACCCAUACACUGGUUGCCGGCCAGAGUGCGUGUUGAGUACUGAUUGUGACAGGACGAAAGCUUGCAUCAGGAACAAGUGUGCUGACCCCUGCCCAGGAACUUGCGGACAGGGUGCUCGAUGCGACGUAGUCAACCACAUCCCCAUCUGUACCUGUCCAGAAGGCACCUCUGGAAAUGCCUUCAUACAGUGCCGGCCUAUUCCACCUCCCGUGGCAACCCAGCCAUGCAACCCGUCUCCAUGCGGUCCCAACAGCCAAUGUCGGGAGAUUAACGGCCAGGCUGUAUGUUCAUGUGUGCCGGGCUACCUAGGAAGCCCACCGGCGUGCAGGCCAGAGUGCGUUGUGAGUUCCGAUUGCAGCCAGAAUGAAGCCUGCAGCAACCAGAAAUGUAGAAAUCCUUGCCCAGGAACGUGUGGAAUUGGGGCUAAGUGUCAGGUGGUGAAUCACAACCCUAUCUGUAGCUGUCCACCGCGCCACACGGGAGACCCGUUCACCAGAUGCCUGCCCAUACGUAAGAACCAUACUGAUGAAACAUUUCUUCCUCCAGUGAACCCUUGCCAGCCGUCACCAUGUGGUCCAAAUGCUCAGUGCAAGGUAGCUGGAGACAGCCCCUCUUGCUCGUGCCUGCCAGAAUUCAAAGGCUCGCCACCAAACUGUCGGCCUGAGUGCGUCAGCAACAGCGAGUGUGCCAGCCACCUGGCCUGUAUGGGGCAGAAGUGCAAAGACCCCUGUCCCGGAGCUUGUGGAUCAAAUGCUGAGUGCCGAGUGGUCAGCCACACGCCUACGUGUGUGUGUGCGGUUGGAUACACUGGAGACCCGUUCUCUCAGUGCUUUGUACAACGUAAGAAUGAACUCCUGACCGUGCCCCAGGAGAGGCCAACGCCCUGCUCUCCGUCGCCAUGUGGUUCGAAUGCAGUGUGUAGGGAACAGAAUGGCGCUGGAUCUUGCACUUGUCUACCAGAGUAUGUGGGCAACCCAUACGAAGGCUGUCGGCCAGAGUGCGUGGUGAACACUGACUGUGCUCCCGACAGGGCAUGUAUUCGUAACAAGUGCCAAGACCCAUGCCCCGGCACGUGUGGCCCGAAUGCAGAUUGCCAGGUGGUCAAUCACCUGCCAUCGUGCACAUGCCGGCCGGGAUACACUGGAGACCCGUUCCGAUACUGCACAGUGCAGGCUACUGUGGUAGCUGAACCAGGAGAUCCGUGCAGCCCAUCGCCAUGUGGUCCUAACAGCCAAUGUCGCCAAGUGAAUGGGCAGGCUGUGUGCUCAUGCCUACCGUCGUACAUUGGCAGUCCACCAGGCUGUAGACCAGAGUGUGUGGUGAGCUCCGAAUGCCCGCAGAACCGAGCCUGUGUGAACCAGAAGUGUGUGGACCCUUGCCCUGGGCCGUGUGGCCUCAAUACUCGCUGCCAGGUGAUCAACCACAGCCCAAUAUGCAGUUGCAAACAAGGAUAUACCGGAGACCCCUUCGCCAGAUGCCAUCCAAUUCCACCUCCACCUCAGAGGCCGAGUGCCCCAGUAGUUGUGAAUCCUUGCAUCCCAUCACCAUGUGGGCCGUAUUCUGAAUGUCGUGAUACAGGUGGCAAUCCUUCAUGCUCAUGCCUGGCAAAUUACAUUGGCGCUCCACCAAACUGCCGUCCCGAGUGCUCCAUCAACUCGGAGUGCCCCAGCAACAGGGCUUGUAUCCGGGAGAAGUGUCGUGACCCAUGUCCUGGGUCGUGUGGCAUUGGCGCACAGUGCAGUGUGAUCAACCACACCCCAGUGUGCACAUGUCCUGAGGGGUACACAGGAGAUCCAUUCACCAACUGCUUCCCAAAACCGACAAAACCUGUGGAAUCGGACCCGUGCAAUCCUUCGCCUUGCGGGCCUAACGCCGAAUGCCGAGAUGGCAGUUGUACUUGUCUUCCAGAAUACCAAGGAGACCCAUACACUGGUUGCCGGCCAGAGUGCGUGUUGAGUACUGAUUGUGACAGGACGAAAGCUUGCAUCAGGAACAAGUGUGCUGACCCCUGCCCAGGAACUUGCGGACAGGGUGCUCGAUGCGACGUAGUCAACCACAUCCCCAUCUGUACCUGUCCAGAAGGCACCUCUGGAAAUGCCUUCAUACAGUGCCGGCCUAUUCCACCUCCCGUGGCAACCCAGCCAUGCAACCCGUCUCCAUGCGGUCCCAACAGCCAAUGUCGGGAGAUUAACGGCCAGGCUGUAUGUUCAUGUGUGCCGGGCUACCUAGGAAGCCCACCGGCGUGCAGGCCAGAGUGCGUUGUGAGUUCCGAUUGCAGCCAGAAUGAAGCCUGCAGCAACCAGAAAUGUAGAAAUCCUUGCCCAGGAACGUGUGGAAUUGGGGCUAAGUGUCAGGUGGUGAAUCACAACCCUAUCUGUAGCUGUCCACCGCGCCACACGGGAGACCCGUUCACCAGAUGCCUGCCCAUACCUGAUUCGCCGGUGAGCAAGCCAGUGAACCCUUGCCAGCCGUCACCAUGUGGUCCAAAUGCUCAGUGCAAGGUAGCUGGAGACAGCCCCUCUUGCUCGUGCCUGCCAGAAUUCAAAGGCUCGCCACCAAACUGUCGGCCUGAGUGCGUCAGCAACAGCGAGUGUGCCAGCCACCUGGCCUGUAUGGGGCAGAAGUGCAAAGACCCCUGUCCCGGAGCUUGUGGAUCAAAUGCUGAGUGCCGAGUGGUCAGCCACACGCCUACGUGUGUGUGUGCGGUUGGAUACACUGGAGACCCGUUCUCUCAGUGCUUUGUACAACCUGUAGCCGUGCCCCAGGAGAGGCCAACGCCCUGCUCUCCGUCGCCAUGUGGUUCGAAUGCAGUGUGUAGGGAACAGAAUGGCGCUGGAUCUUGCACUUGUCUACCAGAGUAUGUGGGCAACCCAUACGAAGGCUGUCGGCCAGAGUGCGUGGUGAACACUGACUGUGCUCCCAACAGGGCAUGUAUUCGUAACAAGUGCCAAGACCCAUGCCCCGGCACGUGUGGCCCGAAUGCAGAUUGCCAGGUGGUCAAUCACCUGCCAUCGUGCACAUGCCGGCCGGGAUACACUGGAGACCCGUUCCGAUACUGCACAGUGCAGGCUAGCGAACCUGUGGUAGCUGAACCAGGAGAUCCGUGCAGCCCAUCGCCAUGUGGUCCUAACAGCCAAUGUCGCCAAGUGAAUGGGCAGGCUGUGUGCUCAUGCCUACCGUCGUACAUUGGCAGUCCACCAGGCUGUAGACCAGAGUGUGUGGUGAGCUCCGAAUGCCCGCAGAACCGAGCCUGUGUGAACCAGAAGUGUGUGGACCCUUGCCCUGGGCCGUGUGGCCUCAAUACUCGCUGCCAGGUGAUCAACCACAGCCCAAUAUGCAGUUGCAAACAAGGAUAUACCGGAGACCCCUUCGCCAGAUGCCAUCCAAUUCCACCUCCACCUCAGAGGCCGAGUGCCCCAGUAGUUGUGAAUCCUUGCAUCCCAUCACCAUGUGGGCCGUAUUCUGAAUGUCGUGAUACAGGUGGCAAUCCUUCAUGCUCAUGCCUGGCAAAUUACAUUGGCGCUCCACCAAACUGCCGUCCCGAGUGCUCCAUCAACUCGGAGUGCCCCAGCAACAGGGCUUGUAUCCGGGAGAAGUGUCGUGACCCAUGUCCUGGGUCGUGUGGCAUUGGCGCACAGUGCAGUGUGAUCAACCACACCCCAGUGUGCACAUGUCCUGAGGGGUACACAGGAGAUCCAUUCACCAACUGCUUCCCAAAACCGACAAUUGCAGAACCUGUGGAAUCGGACCCGUGCAAUCCUUCGCCUUGCGGGCCUAACGCCGAAUGCCGAGAUGGCAGUUGUACUUGUCUUCCAGAAUACCAAGGAGACCCAUACACUGGUUGCCGGCCAGAGUGCGUGUUGAGUACUGAUUGUGACAGGACGAAAGCUUGCAUCAGGAACAAGUGUGCUGACCCCUGCCCAGGAACUUGCGGACAGGGUGCUCGAUGCGACGUAGUCAACCACAUCCCCAUCUGUACCUGUCCAGAAGGCACCUCUGGAAAUGCCUUCAUACAGUGCCGGCCUAUUCCACCUGAACCAGGAGAUCCGUGCAGCCCAUCGCCAUGUGGUCCUAACAGCCAAUGUCGCCAAGUGAAUGGGCAGGCUGUGUGCUCAUGCCUACCGUCGUACAUUGGCAGUCCACCAGGCUGUAGACCAGAGUGUGUGGUGAGCUCCGAAUGCCCGCAGAACCGAGCCUGUGUGAACCAGAAGUGUGUGGACCCUUGCCCUGGGCCGUGUGGCCUCAAUACUCGCUGCCAGGUGAUCAACCACAGCCCAAUAUGCAGUUGCAAACAAGGAUAUACCGGAGACCCCUUCGCUAGAUGCCAUCCAAUUCCACCACCGCUUGCUUACAAGCCAGUGAACCCUUGCCAGCCGUCACCAUGUGGUCCAAAUGCUCAGUGCAAGGUAGCUGGAGACAGCCCCUCUUGCUCGUGCCUGCCAGAAUUCAAAGGCUCGCCACCAAACUGUCGGCCUGAGUGCGUCAGCAACAGCGAGUGUGCCAGCCACCUGGCCUGUAUGGGGCAGAAGUGCAAAGACCCCUGUCCCGGAGCUUGUGGAUCAAAUGCUGAGUGCCGAGUGGUCAGCCACACGCCUACGUGUGUGUGUGCGGUUGGAUACACUGGAGACCCGUUCUCUCAGUGCUUUGUACAACCCGUGCCCCAGGAGAAGCCAACGCCCUGCUCUCCGUCGCCAUGUGGUUCGAAUGCAGUGUGUAGGGAACAGAAUGGCGCUGGAUCUUGCACUUGUCUACCAGAGUAUGUGGGCAACCCAUACGAAGGCUGUCGGCCAGAGUGCGUGGUGAACACUGACUGUGCUCCCGACAGGGCAUGUAUUCGUAACAAGUGCCAAGACCCAUGCCCCGGCACGUGUGGCCCGAAUGCAGAUUGCCAGGUGGUCAAUCACCUGCCAUCGUGCACAUGCCGGCCGGGAUACACUGGAGACCCGUUCCGAUACUGCACAGUGCAGGCUAGCGAACCUGAACCAGGAGAUCCGUGCAGCCCAUCGCCAUGUGGUCCUAACAGCCAAUGUCGCCAAGUGAAUGGGCAGGCUGUGUGCUCAUGCCUACCGUCGUACAUUGGCAGUCCACCAGGCUGUAGACCAGAGUGUGUGGUGAGCUCCGAAUGCCCGCAGAACCGAGCCUGUGUGAACCAGAAGUGUGUGGACCCUUGCCCUGGGCCGUGUGGCCUCAAUACUCGCUGCCAGGUGAUCAACCACAGCCCAAUAUGCAGUUGCAAACAAGGAUAUACCGGAGACCCCUUCGCCAGAUGCCAUCCAAUUCCACCUCCACCUCAGAGGCCGAGUGCCCCAGUAGUUGUGAAUCCUUGCAUCCCAUCACCAUGUGGGCCGUAUUCUGAAUGUCGUGAUACAGGUGGCAAUCCUUCAUGCUCAUGCCUGGCAAAUUACAUUGGCGCUCCACCAAACUGCCGUCCCGAGUGCUCCAUCAACUCGGAGUGCCCCAGCAACAGGGCUUGUAUCCGGGAGAAGUGUCGUGACCCAUGUCCUGGGUCGUGUGGCAUUGGCGCACAGUGCAGUGUGAUCAACCACACCCCAGUGUGCACAUGUCCUGAGGGGUACACAGGAGAUCCAUUCACCAACUGCUUCCCAAAACCGACAAUUGCAGAACCUGUGGAAUCGGACCCGUGCAAUCCUUCGCCUUGCGGGCCUAACGCCGAAUGCCGAGAUGGCAGUUGUACUUGUCUUCCAGAAUACCAAGGAGACCCAUACACUGGUUGCCGGCCAGAGUGCGUGUUGAGUACUGAUUGUGACAGGACGAAAGCUUGCAUCAGGAACAAGUGUGCUGACCCCUGCCCAGGAACUUGCGGACAGGGUGCUCGAUGCGACGUAGUCAACCACAUCCCCAUCUGUACCUGUCCAGAAGGCACCUCUGGAAAUGCCUUCAUACAGUGCCGGCCUAUUCCACCUCCCGUGGCAACCCAGCCAUGCAACCCGUCUCCAUGCGGUCCCAACAGCCAAUGUCGGGAGAUUAACGGCCAGGCUGUAUGUUCAUGUGUGCCGGGCUACCUAGGAAGCCCACCGGCGUGCAGGCCAGAGUGCGUUGUGAGUUCCGAUUGCAGCCAGAAUGAAGCCUGCAGCAACCAGAAAUGUAGAAAUCCUUGCCCAGGAACGUGUGGAAUUGGGGCUAAGUGUCAGGUGGUGAAUCACAACCCUAUCUGUAGCUGUCCACCGCGCCACACGGGAGACCCGUUCACCAGAUGCCUGCCCAUACCUGAUUCGCCGGUGAGCAAGCCAGUGAACCCUUGCCAGCCGUCACCAUGUGGUCCAAAUGCUCAGUGCAAGGUAGCUGGAGACAGCCCCUCUUGCUCGUGCCUGCCAGAAUUCAAAGGCUCGCCACCAAACUGUCGGCCUGAGUGCGUCAGCAACAGCGAGUGUGCCAGCCACCUGGCCUGUAUGGGGCAGAAGUGCAAAGACCCCUGUCCCGGAGCUUGUGGAUCAAAUGCUGAGUGCCGAGUGGUCAGCCACACGCCUACGUGUGUGUGUGCGGUUGGAUACACUGGAGACCCGUUCUCUCAGUGCUUUGUACAACCCGUGCCCCAGGAGAGGCCAACGCCCUGCUCUCCGUCGCCAUGUGGUUCGAAUGCAGUGUGUAGGGAACAGAAUGGCGCUGGAUCUUGCACUUGUCUACCAGAGUAUGUGGGCAACCCAUACGAAGGCUGUCGGCCAGAGUGCGUGGUGAACACUGACUGUGCUCCCGACAGGGCAUGUAUUCGUAACAAGUGCCAAGACCCAUGCCCCGGCACGUGUGGCCCGAAUGCAGAUUGCCAGGUGGUCAAUCACCUGCCAUCGUGCACAUGCCGGCCGGGAUACACUGGAGACCCGUUCCGAUACUGCACAGUGCAGGCUAGCGAACCUGUGGUAGCUGAACCAGGAGAUCCGUGCAGCCCAUCGCCAUGUGGUCCUAACAGCCAAUGUCGCCAAGUGAAUGGGCAGGCUGUGUGCUCAUGCCUACCGUCGUACAUUGGCAGUCCACCAGGCUGUAGACCAGAGUGUGUGGUGAGCUCCGAAUGCCCGCAGAACCGAGCCUGUGUGAACCAGAAGUGUGUGGACCCUUGCCCUGGGCCGUGUGGCCUCAAUACUCGCUGCCAGGUGAUCAACCACAGCCCAAUAUGCAGUUGCAAACAAGGAUAUACCGGAGACCCCUUCGCCAGAUGUCAUCCAAUUCCACCUCCACCUCAGAGGCCGAGUGCCCCAGUGGUUGUGAAUCCUUGCAUCCCAUCGCCGUGUGGGCCAUAUUCUGAAUGUCGCGAUACAGGUGGCAGUCCUUCAUGCUCGUGCCUGGCAAACUACAUUGGCGCUCCACCAAACUGCCGGCCCGAGUGCUCCAUCAACUCGGAGUGCCCCAGCAACAGGGCUUGUAUCAGGGAGAAGUGUCGUGACCCAUGUCCAGGGUCGUGUGGCAUUGGCGCACAGUGCAGUGUGAUCAAUCACACCCCAGUUUGCACAUGCCCUGAGGGAUACACUGGAGACCCGUUUAGUAACUGCUUCCCGAAGCCACCAAAUCCAGAACCUGUGGAGUCAGACCCAUGCAAUCCAUCGCCUUGUGGGCCUAACGCCGAAUGCCGAGAUGGCAGUUGUACUUGCCUUCCGGAAUAUCAAGGAGACCCAUACACUGGUUGCCGGCCAGAGUGUGUGUUGAGUACUGACUGUGACAGGACGAAAGCUUGCAUCAGGAACAAGUGCGCUGACCCCUGCCCAGGGACUUGUGGACAGGAUGCUCGGUGCGAUGUAGUCAAUCACAUCCCCAUCUGUACCUGUCCGGAAGGCACCUCUGGAAACGCUUUCAUCCAGUGCCGACCAGUACCACCUCCUGCAGUUACACUACCAUGUCGGCCAUCUCCAUGUGGACCAAAUAGCCAAUGUCGGGAGAUUAAUGGCCAGGCAGUGUGCUCUUGUGUACCUGGAUACUUGGGAAGUCCUCCGGCGUGCAGACCAGAGUGCGUCGUGAGCUCCGAUUGCAGCCAGAACGAAGCAUGUAGUAACCAGAAAUGUAGGAAUCCCUGCCCAGGAACGUGUGGAAUUGGAGCGCGUUGUGAGGUGGUCAAUCACAACCCAAUUUGUAGCUGUCCACCUCGUUACACCGGCGAUCCGUUCUCCAGAUGUCUGCCCAUACCGGAGAACCCUGUGGUCAGCGAGCCAGUGAACCCUUGCCAGCCUUCACCAUGUGGUCCAAAUGCUCAGUGCAAGGUAGCUGGAGACAGCCCAUCAUGUUCAUGCCUGCCAGAAUUCAAGGGCUCGCCUCCAAACUGCCGGCCCGAGUGCAUCAGCAACAGCGAGUGUGCCAGCCAUCUGGCCUGUAUCGGGCAGAAGUGCAAAGACCCCUGUCCAGGAGCUUGUGGGUCAAACGCAGAGUGCAGAGUGGUCAGCCACACGCCUACAUGUGUGUGUGCAGUUGGAUACACGGGAGACCCAUUCUCUCAGUGCUUUGUGCAGCCUGUGGCCGCGCCGCAGGAAAGACCGACGCCCUGCUCUCCGUCGCCAUGUGGUUCGAAUGCAGUGUGUAGGGAACAGAAUGGCGCCGGAUCUUGCACUUGUCUACCAGAGUAUGUGGGCAACCCGUACGAAGGCUGUCGGCCAGAGUGCGUGGUGAACACUGACUGUGCCCCCAACAAGGCAUGUAUCCGUAACAAGUGCCAAGACCCGUGCCCUGGCACAUGUGGCCCGAACGCAGACUGCCAGGUUGUCAAUCACCUGCCAUCGUGCACAUGCCGGCCAGGAUACACUGGAGACCCGUUCCGAUACUGCACGGUGCAGGCUAGCGAACCUGUGGUAGCUGAACCGGGAGAUCCAUGCAACCCAUCGCCAUGUGGUCCAAACAGCCAAUGCCGCCAAGUGAAUGGGCAGGCUGUGUGCUCGUGCCUACCGUCAUACAUUGGCAGUCCACCAGGAUGCAGACCGGAGUGUGUGGUUAGCUCUGAAUGCCCGCAGAAUCGAGCCUGUGUGAACCAGAAGUGUGUGGACCCUUGCCCUGGGCCGUGUGGCCUCAAUACUCGCUGCCAGGUGAUCAACCACAGCCCAAUAUGCAGCUGCAAACAAGGAUAUACCGGGGACCCCUUCGCCAGAUGCCAUCCAAUUCCACCUCCACCUCAGAGGCCGAGUGCCCCAGUGGUUGUGAAUCCUUGCAUCCCAUCGCCGUGUGGGCCAUAUUCUGAGUGUCGCGAUACAGGUGGCAGUCCUUCAUGCUCGUGCCUGGCAAACUACAUUGGCGCUCCACCAAACUGCCGGCCCGAGUGCUCCAUCAACUCGGAGUGCCCCAGCAACAGGGCUUGUAUCAGGGAGAAGUGUCGUGACCCAUGUCCAGGGUCGUGUGGCAUUGGCGCACAGUGCAGUGUGAUCAAUCACACCCCAGUUUGCACAUGCCCUGAGGGAUACACUGGAGACCCGUUUAGUAACUGCUUCCCGAAGCCACCAAAUCCAGAACCUGUGGAGUCAGACCCAUGCAAUCCAUCGCCUUGUGGGCCUAACGCCGAAUGCCGAGAUGGCAGUUGUACUUGCCUUCCGGAAUAUCAAGGAGACCCAUACACUGGUUGCCGGCCAGAGUGUGUGUUGAGUACUGACUGUGACAGGACGAAAGCUUGCAUCAGGAACAAGUGCGCUGACCCCUGCCCAGGGACUUGUGGACAGGAUGCUCGGUGCGAUGUAGUCAAUCACAUCCCCAUCUGUACCUGUCCGGAAGGCACCUCUGGAAACGCUUUCAUCCAGUGCCGACCAGUACCACCUCCUGCAGUUACACUACCAUGUCGGCCAUCUCCAUGUGGACCAAAUAGCCAAUGUCGGGAGAUUAAUGGCCAGGCAGUGUGCUCUUGUGUACCUGGAUACUUGGGAAGUCCUCCGGCGUGCAGACCAGAGUGCGUCGUGAGCUCCGAUUGCAGCCAGAACGAAGCAUGUAGUAACCAGAAAUGUAGGAAUCCCUGCCCAGGAACGUGUGGAAUUGGAGCGCGUUGUGAGGUGGUCAAUCACAACCCAAUUUGUAGCUGUCCACCUCGUUACACCGGCGAUCCGUUCUCCAGAUGUCUGCCCAUACCGGAGAACCCUGUGGUCAGCGAGCCAGUGAACCCUUGCCAGCCUUCACCAUGUGGUCCAAAUGCUCAGUGCAAGGUAGCUGGAGACAGCCCAUCAUGUUCAUGCCUGCCAGAAUUCAAGGGCUCGCCUCCAAACUGCCGGCCCGAGUGCAUCAGCAACAGCGAGUGUGCCAGCCAUCUGGCCUGUAUCGGGCAGAAGUGCAAAGACCCCUGUCCAGGAGCUUGUGGGUCAAACGCAGAGUGCAGAGUGGUCAGCCACACGCCUACAUGUGUGUGUGCAGUUGGAUACACGGGAGACCCAUUCUCUCAGUGCUUUGUGCAGCCUGUGGCCGCGCCGCAGGAAAGACCGACGCCCUGCUCUCCGUCGCCAUGUGGUUCGAAUGCAGUGUGUAGGGAACAGAAUGGCGCCGGAUCUUGCACUUGUCUACCAGAGUAUGUGGGCAACCCGUACGAAGGCUGUCGGCCAGAGUGCGUGGUGAACACUGACUGUGCCCCCAACAAGGCAUGUAUCCGUAACAAGUGCCAAGACCCGUGCCCUGGCACAUGUGGCCCGAACGCAGACUGCCAGGUUGUCAAUCACCUGCCAUCGUGCACAUGCCGGCCAGGAUACACUGGAGACCCGUUCCGAUACUGCACGGUGCAGGCUAGCGAACCUGUGGUAGCUGAACCGGGAGAUCCAUGCAACCCAUCGCCAUGUGGUCCAAACAGCCAAUGCCGCCAAGUGAAUGGGCAGGCUGUGUGCUCGUGCCUACCGUCAUACAUUGGCAGUCCACCAGGAUGCAGACCGGAGUGUGUGGUUAGCUCUGAAUGCCCGCAGAAUCGAGCCUGUGUGAACCAGAAGUGUGUGGACCCUUGCCCUGGGCCGUGUGGCCUCAAUACUCGCUGCCAGGUGAUCAACCACAGCCCAAUAUGCAGCUGCAAACAAGGAUAUACCGGAGACCCCUUCGCCAGAUGCCAUCCAAUUCCACCUCCACCUCAGAGGCCGAGUGCCCCAGUGGUUGUGAAUCCUUGCAUCCCAUCGCCGUGUGGGCCAUAUUCUGAGUGUCGCGAUACAGGUGGCAGUCCUUCAUGCUCGUGCCUGGCAAACUACAUUGGCGCUCCACCAAACUGCCGGCCCGAGUGCUCCAUCAACUCGGAGUGCCCCAGCAACAGGGCUUGUAUCAGGGAGAAGUGUCGUGACCCAUGUCCAGGGUCGUGUGGCAUUGGCGCACAGUGCAGUGUGAUCAAUCACACCCCAGUUUGCACAUGCCCUGAGGGAUACACUGGAGACCCGUUUAGUAACUGCUUCCCGAAGCCACCAAAUCCAGAACCUGUGGAGUCAGACCCAUGCAAUCCAUCGCCUUGUGGGCCUAACGCCGAAUGCCGAGAUGGCAGUUGUACUUGCCUUCCGGAAUAUCAAGGAGACCCAUACACUGGUUGCCGGCCAGAGUGUGUGUUGAGUACUGACUGUGACAGGACGAAAGCUUGCAUCAGGAACAAGUGCGCUGACCCCUGCCCAGGGACUUGUGGACAGGAUGCUCGGUGCGAUGUAGUCAAUCACAUCCCCAUCUGUACCUGUCCGGAAGGCACCUCUGGAAACGCUUUCAUCCAGUGCCGACCAGUACCACCUCCUGCAGUUACACUACCAUGUCGGCCAUCUCCAUGUGGACCAAAUAGCCAAUGUCGGGAGAUUAAUGGCCAGGCAGUGUGCUCUUGUGUACCUGGAUACUUGGGAAGUCCUCCGGCGUGCAGACCAGAGUGCGUCGUGAGCUCCGAUUGCAGCCAGAACGAAGCAUGUAGUAACCAGAAAUGUAGGAAUCCCUGCCCAGGAACGUGUGGAAUUGGAGCGCGUUGUGAGGUGGUCAAUCACAACCCAAUUUGUAGCUGUCCACCUCGUUACACCGGCGAUCCGUUCUCCAGAUGUCUGCCCAUACCUGAGAACCCUGUGGUCAGCGAGCCAGUGAACCCUUGCCAGCCUUCACCAUGUGGUCCAAAUGCUCAGUGCAAGGUAGCUGGAGACAGCCCAUCAUGUUCAUGCCUGCCAGAAUUCAAGGGCUCGCCUCCAAACUGCCGGCCCGAGUGCAUCAGCAACAGCGAGUGUGCCAGCCAUCUGGCCUGCAUCGGGCAGAAGUGCAAAGACCCCUGUCCAGGAGCUUGUGGGUCAAACGCAGAGUGCAGAGUGGUCAGCCACACGCCUACAUGUGUGUGUGCAGUUGGAUACACUGGAGACCCAUUCUCUCAGUGCUUUGUGCAGCCUGUGGUCGCGCCGCAGGAAAGACCGACGCCCUGCUCUCCGUCGCCAUGUGGUUCGAAUGCAGUGUGUAGGGAACAGAAUGGCGCCGGAUCUUGCACUUGUCUACCAGAGUAUGUGGGCAACCCGUACGAAGGCUGUCGGCCAGAGUGCGUGGUGAACACUGACUGUGCCCCCAACAAGGCAUGUAUCCGUAACAAGUGCCAAGACCCGUGCCCUGGCACAUGUGGCCCGAACGCAGACUGCCAGGUUGUCAAUCACCUGCCAUCGUGCACAUGCCGGCCAGGAUACACUGGAGACCCGUUCCGAUACUGCACGGUGCAGGCUAGCGAACCUGUGGUAGCUGAACCGGGAGAUCCAUGCAACCCAUCGCCAUGUGGUCCAAACAGCCAAUGCCGCCAAGUGAAUGGGCAGGCUGUGUGCUCGUGCCUACCGUCAUACAUUGGCAGUCCACCAGGAUGCAGACCGGAGUGUGUGGUUAGCUCUGAAUGCCCGCAGAAUCGAGCCUGUGUGAACCAGAAGUGUGUGGACCCUUGCCCUGGGCCGUGUGGCCUCAAUACUCGCUGCCAGGUGAUCAACCACAGCCCAAUAUGCAGCUGCAAACAAGGAUAUACCGGAGACCCCUUCGCCAGAUGCCAUCCAAUUCCACCUCCACCUCAGAGGCCGAGUGCCCCAGUGGUUGUGAAUCCUUGCAUCCCAUCGCCGUGUGGGCCAUAUUCUGAGUGUCGCGAUACAGGUGGCAGUCCUUCAUGCUCGUGCCUGGCAAACUACAUUGGCGCUCCACCAAACUGCCGGCCCGAGUGCUCCAUCAACUCGGAGUGCCCCAGCAACAGGGCUUGUAUCAGGGAGAAGUGUCGUGACCCAUGUCCAGGGUCGUGUGGCAUUGGCGCACAGUGCAGUGUGAUCAAUCACACCCCAGUUUGCACAUGCCCUGAGGGAUACACUGGAGACCCGUUUAGUAACUGCUUCCCGAAGCCACCAAAUCCAGAACCUGUGGAGUCAGACCCAUGCAAUCCAUCGCCUUGUGGGCCUAACGCCGAAUGCCGAGAUGGCAGUUGUACUUGCCUUCCGGAAUAUCAAGGAGACCCAUACACUGGUUGCCGGCCAGAGUGUGUGUUGAGUACUGACUGUGACAGGACGAAAGCUUGCAUCAGGAACAAGUGCGCUGACCCCUGCCCAGGGACUUGUGGACAGGAUGCUCGGUGCGAUGUAGUCAAUCACAUCCCCAUCUGUACCUGUCCGGAAGGCACCUCUGGAAACGCUUUCAUCCAGUGCCGACCAGUACCACCUCCUGCAGUUACACUACCAUGUCGGCCAUCUCCAUGUGGACCAAAUAGCCAAUGUCGGGAGAUUAAUGGCCAGGCAGUGUGCUCUUGUGUACCUGGAUACUUGGGAAGUCCUCCGGCGUGCAGACCAGAGUGCGUCGUGAGCUCCGAUUGCAGCCAGAACGAAGCAUGUAGUAACCAGAAAUGUAGGAAUCCCUGCCCAGGAACGUGUGGAAUUGGAGCGCGUUGUGAGGUGGUCAAUCACAACCCAAUUUGUAGCUGUCCACCUCGUUACACCGGCGAUCCGUUCUCCAGAUGUCUGCCCAUACCUGAGAACCCUGUGGUCAGCGAGCCAGUGAACCCUUGCCAGCCUUCACCAUGUGGUCCAAAUGCUCAGUGCAAGGUAGCUGGAGACAGCCCAUCAUGUUCAUGCCUGCCAGAAUUCAAGGGCUCGCCUCCAAACUGCCGGCCCGAGUGCAUCAGCAACAGCGAGUGUGCCAGCCAUCUGGCCUGCAUCGGGCAGAAGUGCAAAGACCCCUGUCCAGGAGCUUGUGGGUCAAACGCAGAGUGCAGAGUGGUCAGCCACACGCCUACAUGUGUGUGUGCAGUUGGAUACACUGGAGACCCAUUCUCUCAGUGCUUUGUGCAGCCUGUGGUCGCGCCGCAGGAAAGACCGACGCCCUGCUCUCCGUCGCCAUGUGGUUCGAAUGCAGUGUGUAGGGAACAGAAUGGCGCCGGAUCUUGCACUUGUCUAUCAGAGUAUGUGGGCAACCCGUACGAAGGCUGUCGGCCAGAGUGCGUGGUGAACACUGACUGUGCCCCCAACAAGGCAUGUAUCCGUAACAAGUGCCAAGACCCGUGCCCUGGCACAUGUGGCCCGAACGCAGACUGCCAGGUUGUCAAUCACCUGCCAUCGUGCACAUGCCGGCCAGGAUACACUGGAGACCCGUUCCGAUACUGCACGGUGCAGGCUAGCGAACCUGUGGUAGCUGAACCGGGAGAUCCAUGCAACCCAUCGCCAUGUGGUCCAAACAGCCAAUGCCGCCAAGUGAAUGGGCAGGCUGUGUGCUCGUGCCUACCGUCAUACAUUGGCAGUCCACCAGGAUGCAGACCGGAGUGUGUGGUUAGCUCUGAAUGCCCGCAGAAUCGAGCCUGUGUGAACCAGAAGUGUGUGGACCCUUGCCCUGGGCCGUGUGGCCUCAAUACUCGCUGCCAGGUGAUCAACCACAGCCCAAUAUGCAGCUGCAAACAAGGAUAUACCGGAGACCCCUUCGCCAGAUGCCAUCCAAUUCCACCUCCACCUCAGAGGCCGAGUGCCCCAGUGGUUGUGAAUCCUUGCAUCCCAUCGCCGUGUGGGCCAUAUUCUGAGUGUCGCGAUACAGGUGGCAGUCCUUCAUGCUCGUGCCUGGCAAACUACAUUGGCGCUCCACCAAACUGCCGGCCCGAGUGCUCCAUCAACUCGGAGUGCCCCAGCAACAGGGCUUGUAUCAGGGAGAAGUGUCGUGACCCAUGUCCAGGGUCGUGUGGCAUUGGCGCACAGUGCAGUGUGAUCAAUCACACCCCAGUUUGCACAUGCCCUGAGGGAUACACUGGAGACCCGUUUAGUAACUGCUUCCCGAAGCCACCAAAUCCAGAACCUGUGGAGUCAGACCCAUGCAAUCCAUCGCCUUGUGGGCCUAACGCCGAAUGCCGAGAUGGCAGUUGUACUUGCCUUCCGGAAUAUCAAGGAGACCCAUACACUGGUUGCCGGCCAGAGUGUGUGUUGAGUACUGACUGUGACAGGACGAAAGCUUGCAUCAGGAACAAGUGCGCUGACCCCUGCCCAGGGACUUGUGGACAGGAUGCUCGGUGCGAUGUAGUUAAUCACAUCCCCAUCUGUACCUGUCCGGAAGGCACCUCUGGAAACGCUUUCAUCCAGUGCCGACCAGUACCACCUCCUGCAGUUACACUACCAUGUCGGCCAUCUCCAUGUGGACCAAAUAGCCAAUGUCGGGAGAUUAAUGGCCAGGCAGUGUGCUCUUGUGUACCUGGAUACUUGGGAAGUCCUCCGGCGUGCAGACCAGAGUGCGUCGUGAGCUCCGAUUGCAGCCAGAACGAAGCAUGUAGUAACCAGAAAUGUAGGAAUCCCUGCCCAGGAACGUGUGGAAUUGGAGCGCGUUGUGAGGUGGUCAAUCACAACCCAAUUUGUAGCUGUCCACCUCGUUACACCGGCGAUCCGUUCUCCAGAUGUCUGCCCAUACCGGAGAACCCUGUGGUCAGCGAGCCAGUGAACCCUUGCCAGCCUUCACCAUGUGGUCCAAAUGCUCAGUGCAAGGUAGCUGGAGACAGCCCAUCAUGUUCAUGCCUGCCAGAAUUCAAGGGCUCGCCUCCAAACUGCCGGCCCGAGUGCAUCAGCAACAGCGAGUGUGCCAGCCAUCUGGCCUGUAUCGGGCAGAAGUGCAAAGACCCCUGUCCAGGAGCUUGUGGGUCAAACGCAGAGUGCAGAGUGGUCAGCCACACGCCUACAUGUGUGUGUGCAGUUGGAUUCACUGGGGACCCAUUCUCUAAGUGUCUUGUUUCUUCACAGCCACCGGUGCAAGAGAGACCGACGCCAUGCCUGCCUUCGCCCUGCGGCUCAAAUGCUGAAUGCAGAGAACAGAACGGCGCCGGGUCUUGCACUUGUCUGCCAGAGUACGUGGGCAACCCGUAUGAAGGAUGCCGACCAGAAUGUGUGCUCAACACGGACUGCGCUCCUAACAAGGCGUGCGUCCGUAACAAGUGCCAGGACCCCUGUCCCGGUACUUGCGGGCAGAACGCCGAGUGUCAGGUCGUCAACCACCUGCCGACUUGCACGUGUAUCCACGGAUUUACUGGAGACCCCUUCAGAUAUUGCAACGUAAUGCAUACACCACUGACACCAGAAAUCGGCAACCCAUGUCAGCCAUCACCGUGCGGACCAAACAGCGUGUGCCGUGUGGUAAAUGGACAGGCAGUUUGCUCAUGUCAGUCCGGCUACAUGGGAACACCACCGGGCUGCAGGCCCGAGUGCGUCGUCAGUGCUGAAUGCCCACGUGAUAAGGCCUGUGUCAGCAACAAGUGCAUUGACCCAUGUCCUGGUACCUGUGGUCUCAACGCACGCUGUGAAGUCAUCAACCACAGCCCCAUUUGCAGCUGCCAGGUUGGACACACUGGAGACCCCUUUGCAAGAUGCUACCCAAUACCACCAUCUCAGCCUCCAACUACCAAACCUACCUACACAAAUCCCUGUGUUCCAUCUCCUUGUGGCCCCAAUUCAGAAUGCAGAGACAUUGGAGGAACACCUUCAUGCUCAUGCCUGGCUAAUUACAUUGGCUCUCCUCCAAACUGCCGACCUGAAUGUGUCAUCAGCUCAGAAUGCUCCAGCAACAAAGCCUGCAUCCGGGAGAAGUGCCGUGACCCAUGUCCAGGAUCAUGUGGUGCUGGUGCACAGUGCAGUGUAAUCAACCACACACCAGUAUGCACAUGUCCUGAGGGUUACACAGGUGACCCAUUCACCAGCUGUUACCCAAAGUCACAAGAACCAGAACCAGAAAAGAGUGAUCCCUGCUAUCCAUCUCCCUGCGGGCCAAACACACAAUGUAAUGAUGGAGUGUGUACUUGCUUGCCAGAAUAUCAGGGUGAUCCUUAUGCAGGCUGUCGGCCAGAGUGUGUUCUAAGCUCUGACUGUGACAGGUCAAAGGCUUGCAUCAGAAAUAAGUGCACUGAUCCAUGUCCAGGAACAUGUGGACAGGAUGCCCGCUGUGAUGUUGUCAAUCACAUCCCAAUAUGCAGUUGUCCUGAAGGAAUGUCUGGCAAUGCAUUUAUCCAGUGCAGGCCUAUUCCUCCUCCUGUGGUGACGCAGCCAUGCAACCCAUCUCCGUGUGGACCAAACAGCCAGUGUCGGGAGAUUAAUGGCCAAGCAGUGUGUUCUUGUGUGCCAGGAUACCUUGGAAGUCCUCCAUCAUGCAGGCCAGAGUGUGUUGUGAGCUCAGAUUGCAGUCAGAAUGAAGCAUGCAACAAUCAGAAGUGCAGAAAUCCAUGCCCAGGCACAUGUGGUGUUUCAGCUCGCUGUGAAGUAGUUAACCACAAUCCAAUUUGCAGUUGUCCUACACGAUAUACUGGUGAUCCAUUCGUCAGAUGCCAGCCAAUCUCCGAUACUCCUCCAGCACAAUUAAAUCCAUGUGCUCCAUCGCCUUGUGGUCCAAACGCACAAUGUCAGGUUAUUGGAGACACUCCAUCAUGCACAUGCCUUCCAGAAUACAUGGGAUCACCACCCAAUUGUAGACCUGAGUGUGUGAGUAAUAGUGAAUGUGCCAGUCACCUUGCGUGCAUAAGACAGAAAUGUAAAGAUCCUUGUCCUGGAUCAUGUGGGGCUAAUGCUGAAUGCCGCGUUAUUAGUCACACUCCUAACUGUUUCUGUCUCUCAGGAUAUACUGGAGAUCCAUUUGUUAUCUGUUCACCUCAACCAGCUAUUCCUGAAGAAAGACCAACUCCUUGCUCACCUUCCCCAUGUGGGUCAAAUGCUGUGUGCAGAGAACAAAAUGGUGCUGGUUCUUGCACAUGUUUACCGGAAUACAUUGGCAAUCCAUAUGAGGGCUGUCGCCCAGAAUGUACCUUAAACACUGACUGCACACCAGAUAGGGCAUGUAUCCGAAACAAAUGCCAGGAUCCCUGCCCUGGGACAUGUGGACAAAAUGCAGACUGUACCGUAGUCAAUCAUUUACCAUCAUGCACAUGUAUAUCAGGAUACACUGGUGACCCAUUUAGAUUCUGCAAUAUAGUACGAGAAACACCAGAGGAACCUAAAACUCCUUGUUCACCUUCACCAUGUGGGCCAAACAGUGCAUGUCGUGAAGUUAAUGAGCAAGCAGUGUGUUCUUGUCUGCCCAACUAUAUUGGCACACCACCUGGUUGUCGUCCAGAAUGUGUGGUAAGCUCAGAGUGUCCACAGAACAGAGCUUGCACCAAUCAGAAAUGCGCUGACCCUUGUAUUGGCACAUGUGGUUUGAACUCAAUUUGUGAGGUAAUAAACCACAGCCCAAUCUGCAGCUGCAGACCAGGUUACACAGGAGAUCCUUUUGCACAAUGUUAUUUGAACCCAGUUGUAAUUCCUUCAGAAAAACCAGUAUAUCAUGACCCAUGUGUUCCAUCACCUUGUGGUCCGAAUGCACAGUGUAUCAACUCAGGAGGAGUUCCUUCAUGUGCAUGCAGUGCUGGUUACUUUGGUGCUCCACCAAACUGUAGACCAGAAUGUUCUGUUAAUUCAGAAUGUCCUAGCAAUAAGGCUUGUAUUAGGGAAAAAUGUCGUGACCCUUGUCCAGGCUCAUGUGGUGCUAGUGCACAAUGCAGUGUGAUCAACCACACACCAGUAUGCACCUGUCCUGAGGGAUACACUGGAGAUCCUUUCACCAACUGCUUCCCCAAACCACCAGACCAAGAAGCUGAGAAGGCUGACCUAUGUCAUCCAUCUCCAUGUGGCUCCAAUACACAGUGUGAUGAUGGAGUGUGUACUUGCUUGCCAGAAUACCAGGGUGAUCCAUAUGCUGGCUGUCGACCUGAGUGUGUCCUGAGCACAGAUUGUGAGAGGACAAAGGCUUGCAUAAGAAACAAGUGUGCAGAUCCUUGUCCAGGGACUUGUGGGCAGGAUGCACGCUGUGAUGUUGUCAAUCAUAUUCCAAUCUGCAGUUGUCCAGAGGGCAUGUCUGGCAAUGCAUUUAUUCAAUGCAGACCUAUUCCACCUCCGCCAAAGACACAGCCAUGCAGCCCAUCUCCUUGUGGCCCUAACAGCCAAUGUCGAGAGAUUAAUGGCCAGGCAGUGUGUUCAUGUGUGCCAGGCUUCUUAGGAAGUCCACCAGCAUGUAGACCAGAAUGCAUUGUGAGCUCAGAUUGUGCACAAAAUGAAGCCUGUAACAACCAGAAAUGUCGGAACCCUUGCCCAGGAACAUGUGGUAUUGGAGCUCGUUGCGAGGUUGUUAACCACAAUCCUAUAUGCAGUUGUCCCUCACACUAUACAGGCGAUCCAUUUGCAAGAUGCUAUCCAGUCCCUGAAACUCCAUUACGGGAACCAACAAACCCUUGCCAGCCGUCUCCCUGUGGACCAAAUGCAGUUUGCCAAGUUUCUGGUGACAGUCCAUCUUGUUCAUGUUUGCCCGAUUUUAAAGGAUCACCUCCUAAUUGCCGACCAGAGUGUAUUAGCAACACAGAGUGUGCAAGCCACCUUGCAUGUAUUGGGCAACACUGUAAAGAUCCUUGUCCAGGUUCAUGUGGAUCUAAUGCAGAAUGCAGAGUUAUUAGCCACACACCUAACUGUGCAUGUCUUCCAGGAUUUUCUGGAGAUCCAUUCAUCCAGUGUUUAUUACAGGAACCACCUGUGCCAGAAGAAAGACCAACACCAUGUAUACCAUCACCAUGUGGCUCAAAUGCAGUUUGUAAAGAGCAGAAUGGAGCUGGCUCUUGUACAUGUCUCCCAGAUUAUGUUGGUAAUCCUUAUGAGGUCUGCCGACCAGAAUGUAUUUUGAAUACUGACUGUCCAUCCAAUAGAGCAUGCAUACGUAACAAAUGUCAGGAUCCAUGCCCAGGAACUUGUGGCCUAAAUGCUGAUUGCCAAGUGGUCAAUCACCUGCCUUCAUGCACUUGCAUUCAAGGGUACUCUGGAGAUCCAUUCAAGUACUGCAGUCCUAUAAUAGAACAUGUUCCAGUUGAAAUUGGUAACCCUUGUGUGCCAUCUCCUUGUGGGCCUAACAGUGCAUGUCGUGAGGUAAAUGGUCAAGCAGUAUGUUCUUGUCUUCCGGAUUACAUGGGCACACCUCCUAAUUGCAGACCUGAGUGCACAGUGAGUGCAGAAUGUCAGCAAAAUAGGGCUUGCAUUAGACAGAAAUGUGCUGACCCAUGCCCUGGUACCUGUGGUCUCAACACUCGCUGUGAAGUCAUUAAUCAUAGUCCAAUUUGCAGCUGCCAAGCUGGGUACACUGGUGAUCCCUUCACACGCUGUUUUGCUGUGCCAGCUCCUCCUCCAGCAGAUGUGCUUCGACCAGUUAACCCAUGCUCUCCAUCACCCUGUGGUCCCAAUGCUCAGUGCAUAAAUGCAGGUGGUACAGCUUCAUGUGCCUGUCUAGCAAACUUCAUUGGAAUGCCACCAAACUGCAGACCUGAGUGUAGUAUAAAUGCUGAAUGUCCCAGCAAUAUGGCGUGCAUCAGGGAGAAAUGUAUGGAUCCAUGCCCAGGAUCAUGUGGUGCUAGUGCUUUGUGCACUGUUGUUAAUCACACCCCUGUUUGUACCUGCCCAGAAGGUUACACAGGAGAUCCAUUUACUAGAUGCUAUCCCAAGCCACCUCCAAGUCCUGAACCGAUUCCAAAGGAGCCCUGCUCCCCAUCACCUUGUGGACCAAAUUCUGUAUGUACAGAUGGUACAUGUACUUGUCUACCAGAUUAUCAAGGUGAUCCAUACCUGGGCUGCCACCCAGAAUGCAUUCUUAAUGCAGACUGUGAUAGAACAAAGGCCUGCAUCAGGAACAAAUGUAAUGAUCCCUGCCCAGGAACAUGUGGACAGGGUGCUCGGUGUGAUGUCGUUAACCACAUACCAAUAUGCAGUUGUCCAGAUGGAAUGUCUGGUAAUGCAUUUAUCCAAUGCAGGCCUAUUCCACCACCACCAGUAAUGCAGCCCUGCAACCCAUCUCCAUGUGGUCCCAAUAGCCAGUGCCGAGAGAUCAAUGGUCAGGCAGUAUGCUCUUGUGUACCAGGAUACAUUGGAAGUCCUCCUGCUUGUAGGCCUGAGUGUAUUGUGAGCUCCGAGUGUGCUCAGAAUGAAGCAUGCAGUAAUCAAAAGUGCAGGAAUCCAUGCCCCGGUACUUGUGGCAUUGGAGCUCGCUGUGAAGUAGUUAAUCACAAUCCAAUUUGCAGCUGCCCAUUAGAGCACACUGGUGAUCCAUUUGUCAGAUGUCUGCCAAUAAUAUCUCAAGCCCCUCCAGAACCACUAAAUCCAUGUGUUCCAUCACCAUGUGGACAGAAUGCUGUGUGUCAAGUGGUUGGUGAGAGUCCUUCAUGCUCUUGCUUGCCAGAGUUCAAAGGAUCCCCUCCAAACUGUAGACCGGAAUGUGUUAGUAACAGUGAAUGUGCCAGUCAUUUGGCAUGUAUUGGUCAGAAAUGUAGAGACCCGUGUCCAGGAUCGUGUGGAGCCAAUGCUGAAUGUCAUGUUGUCAGUCACACACCAAACUGUGUGUGUUUGUCAGGAUUUUCAGGUGACCCAUUCACACAGUGUUUCAAACAGGAGGUAAUACAGGCAGAGAGGGUAACACCCUGUGUUCCUUCUCCAUGUGGCUCAAAUGCCGUCUGCCGAGAACAAAACAGUGCAGGUUCAUGCACGUGUCUUCCAGACUAUGUUGGCAACCCAUAUGAAGGAUGCCGACCAGAAUGUGUGCUUAAUACUGACUGUUCUCCUGACAGGGCAUGCAUACGAAAUAAAUGCCAGGAUCCUUGUCCUGGCACAUGUGGUACCAAUGCCUACUGUCAAACAGUAAACCACCUUCCCUCAUGUACUUGUGUUGAGCAGUAUACGGGUGACCCAUUCAGACACUGUACUGUCAUAGUAGGUGUGGAAACUCCGCCAAGGGACCCUUGUCAACCAUCACCCUGUGGUCCAAACAGUGUGUGCCGCAUAGCAAACCAGCAGGCUGUGUGCUCUUGUCAAGCAGGCUAUAUGGGUGUACCACCAGGUUGUAGGCCUGAGUGUGUUGUAAGUGCUGAGUGCCCACGUGAUAAAGCCUGUGUCAACAACAAAUGUGUCAAUCCUUGCCCUGGAACAUGUGGCCUCAGUGCACGAUGUGAGGUCAUCAAUCACAGCCCUAUCUGUAGUUGCCAGGCUGGGCACACUGGAGACCCCUUCACCAGAUGCUAUGCUCUCCCUCCUAUUUCAGAACCACCAUCAAGGCCAGUGAACCCUUGUCUUCCAUCACCAUGUGGGCCACACUCAGUGUGCCAAGCUGUGGGUGAUUCACCAUCAUGUUCAUGCAUUAUUGGUUACAUGGGAGUGCCACCAGGUUGUCGUCCGGAGUGUGCUAUCAAUGCAGAUUGCACAAGUAGUCUUGCAUGUUUGCGCGAAAAGUGUCGCGAUCCCUGCCCUGGUUCCUGUGGUGCAGGAGCUCUCUGCUCUGUUGUCAACCACACACCAGUGUGUACAUGCCCUGAAGGUUUCACAGGUGAUCCAUUUACCAGCUGUAAUCCUGCUCCAGUUUCAGAACCAGGACCUAAGCCUGUUGAUCCAUGCCACCCCUCUCCCUGUGGACCAAAUGCUGUAUGCAAUGAUGGUAAAUGCAAUUGUCUGCCAGAGUACCAAGGAGAUCCUUAUGUAGGUUGUCGCCCAGAAUGCAUCUUCAGUGAUGACUGUGAUAGGACGAAGGCUUGUAUAAGGAAUAAAUGUGUAGAUCCAUGUCCAGGAACUUGUGGUCAAGAUGCCCAAUGUGAUGUUGUUAAUCACAUUCCAAUAUGCAGUUGCCCAGAGGGCACAUCUGGCAAUGCUUUUAUUCAGUGUAGACCUAUUCCACAGCCACCGGUGACACAACCGUGCAACCCAUCUCCAUGCGGACCUAACAGCCGUUGUCAAGAGAUCAAUGGUCAGGCUGUGUGCUCAUGUGUACCUGGAUACUUGGGAAGCCCUCCAGCAUGCAGACCUGAGUGCAUACUUAGCUCUGACUGUGGCCAGAGCGAAGCAUGCAGUAAUCAAAAAUGCAGGAAUCCCUGCCCAGGUACAUGUGGGAUAGGAGCACGCUGUGAAGUAGUGAAUCAUAAUCCAAUAUGUAGCUGCCCACCUCGCUACACUGGUGAUCCAUUUGUCAGAUGUCAGCCAAAAGCAGAGAUAAAACCACCAAUAUCAAAUGAUCCCUGUCAGCCAUCACCAUGUGGACCAUAUUCUCAGUGUCAAGUUGUUGGAGAAAGCCCAACAUGCAGUUGUCUACCUGAAUACAAAGGAACUCCUCCAAACUGUAGACCUGAAUGUGUUAGUAAUGGUGAAUGUGCAAGUAAUUUAGCGUGUAUAGGUCAGAAAUGCAAAGAUCCGUGCCCAGGAUCUUGUGGAACAAACGCUGAAUGCCGAGUUGUCAGUCACACACCAAACUGUGCUUGUCUUCCAGGAUAUUCGGGAGAUCCUUUCCAACACUGUGUUAUUCCUGAGGUUUCAGUUCCUAGACCAGCUGACAUGACAAGCCCUUGCAUACCAUCGCCAUGUGGUGCAAAUGCUAUAUGCAGGGAACAGAAUGGUGCUGGUUCCUGUUCUUGUCUGCCAGACUAUGUUGGCAACCCAUACGAAGGCUGCCGGCCGGAAUGUAUACUGAACACUGAUUGUACUGCAACAAAGGCUUGCAUCAGAAAUAAGUGCCAAGAUCCAUGUCCUGGAACAUGUGGCCAAAAUGCUCAGUGCCAAGUUAUUAAUCACAUACCAUCUUGUUAUUGCUUGCCAAAGUUUACUGGAGAUCCAUUUAGAUACUGCAGCAUGUCUCAAGAACCAACAGUAACUGAGCAUGUAGACCCAUGUUCUCCGAGUCCGUGUGGUCCUUAUAGCACAUGUCACAUUGCUAAUGAGCAGGCAGUAUGCUCAUGUCAACCUGGCUUCAUUGGAUCACCACCUGGAUGUCGCCCAGAGUGUACUGUGAGUGCAGAGUGUGCACAGAACAGAGCAUGUAACAAUCUCAAGUGUACUGAUCCUUGUCCAGGAACUUGUGGGCUCAACUCUCGGUGUGAAGUUAUUAACCACAGCCCAAUAUGUUCAUGCAAUGUUGGUUAUACUGGCGAUCCAUUCACGAGAUGCUAUGCAAUACCAACUCUGCCAUCUGAACCCACUUCCCCUCCUUUGCACAUUGAUCCAUGUCUCCCAUCACCUUGUGGCCCAUAUUCACAAUGUCGGGACAUUGGAGGAGUCCCAUCUUGCUCCUGCAUCAGAGAUUACUUUGGUACACCACCGAAUUGUCGACCAGAAUGCUCUGUCAACACAGACUGUCCACAUAAUCGUGCCUGUCUACGAGAGAAAUGCCGAGAUCCUUGUCCAGGUUCUUGUGGUGUCAGUGCUGAUUGUGCUGUUAUCAAUCACACACCUGUCUGCAGUUGUUUGCCAGGCUACACAGGGGAUCCAUUCUUUCAGUGCUACCCAAAACCAACAGCAGUACCUGCACCCGUACCAUCAGAUGCUUGUAAACCUUCGCCAUGUGGCUCCAAUGCUCAGUGCCAUGAAGGUGUUUGUACUUGCCUGCCUGAAUACCAAGGUGACCCAUAUGCAGGGUGUCGUCCAGAGUGUGUCCUCAGCACUGACUGUGAAAGGAAACAGGCUUGCAUUAGGAAUAAGUGUACUGACCCUUGCCCAGGAACCUGUGGACAAAAUGCUCAAUGUGAAGUCAUAAAUCAUGUGCCAACAUGCAGUUGCCCUGAGGGGCUCUCAGGCAAUCCAUUUGUUUACUGCCGCCAAGUAGAAGCUCCUAUAGAAAGGCAACCAUGCAGUCCAUCACCUUGUGGUCCUAAUGCAGUCUGCCGGGAAAUCAAUGGACAGGCUGUCUGUUCAUGUGUGCUCGGUUUUCUGGGUGUACCACCAUCAUGUCAUCCAGAGUGCACUGUCAGCUCAGACUGUGCAUUAACAAAGGCUUGCCUCAAUCAACACUGUAUAGAUCCUUGUCCUGGUACAUGUGGUAUCAAUGCCCAUUGCCAUGUUGUCAACCACAAUCCAAUCUGCUCUUGCCCUGCAGGCUAUUCUGGAGAUCCCUUCACCAGGUGCUCCUCAAUAAUUAUUUCAACACCACCACAGCCAAAACCAAUUACACCAUGUCAGCCAUCACCAUGUGGGCCUAAUUCAGUCUGCCAGGUAUCAGUCGAUGGUUUAAGUCCAUUGUGUUCUUGUUUGGAUGGUUAUAUUGGCACCCCACCACUGUGUCGUCCCGAAUGUUUAUCCAACGGCGACUGCAGUCCACAGCAAGCUUGUAUUGGUCAACGAUGUAGGGAUCCUUGCCCUGGAUCAUGUGGAGUUAGUGCUGAAUGCCAUGUUAUCCUUCAUGUUCCAAGCUGCUCAUGUCCACCACCACUCACAGGCGAUCCUUUUACAUUUUGUACCAGCCCACCAGAGAUACGUCCAACACAAGGAACUCCAACUGACCCCUGUAACCCUUCACCUUGCGGGCCAAAUGCUAACUGCCGUGUUGAAUCAAAUGGUUUCUCAUCCUGUGAAUGCUUGCCAGACUUCUAUGGUAACCCAUAUGAUGGGUGCCGACCUGAGUGUCUAGUCAGUUCGGACUGCUCUAUGGAUCGUGCUUGUAUACAGAACCACUGUCAGGAUCCUUGUCCUGGAACUUGUGGUGUAGGUGCCAUCUGCUCUGUUACAAAUCACAUUCCUAUUUGCUCUUGUCCUGAGGGAACAACAGGAGAUGCCUUCCAUCUUUGUCAGCCUGUAAUACUGCCGGUGCCAGGUUCAAGUAACCCAUGUGUACCUUCACCCUGUGGACCAAAUGCACUUUGCCGAGCAGGUGAUUCUGGUGCUGCCUUGUGUGAAUGCUUACCAGGUUAUCAGGGUAUACCAGAUGGAAGUGGAUGCAGGCCUGAGUGUGUCCUCAGUGCUGACUGUCCACGUGACAAGGCGUGUGUGAGUGGCAAGUGCCGGGACCCAUGUCCAGGUGCCUGUGGUUAUGGUGCCAACUGCAAUGUUAUAAACCACAGCCCCAUUUGUUCUUGCCCAUCUGGUACAAGAGGAAAUCCGUUUGUACAAUGUACAGAGCAACCACCUGUUCCAAGCGAUCCCUGUGAGUCCUCACCAUGUGGACCAAAUGGACAGUGUCGUAUUGUGAAAGGUGCUGCUGUUUGCACAUAUCCAGAAUGUGUAAUCAAUCAAGACUGUGUUCGUGACAAGGCUUGUUUUGCUCAACGUUGUCGAGAUCCUUGCAGUGAGGGAACUGUCUGUGGUCUCAACGCACUAUGUCAAACUGUCAGUCAUGUCCCUGUGUGUUCCUGUCCAGCAGGUUACACAGGAGAACCUAGGCUGGAGUGCCACCCAGUGCCUGUAACUCCUCCAGCUCCACGCCCUGAAUGUACUCAAAACAAUGACUGUACAAAUGACAAGGCCUGUAUAAAUGAUUUUUGCCGUGAUCCUUGUCUGGAGAAUACAGGAAUUUGUGGACCUAAUGCACAAUGUCAUGUUCAGUUGCAUAGGCCAAUAUGCACCUGUAAGGACGGAUUUACUGGAAAUGCCAAUGGCCAUUGUUAUCAGAUUGGUUGUCGCUCAGAUGGAGAAUGCCCACCCACAGAGGCAUGUGUGAACGGCAACUGUGUGUCUCCAUGUUCCUACACACAUUGUGGUAUCGAUGCUCUUUGUGAGACUGAUGGCUGGCAUCAUGCACGUUGCCGCUGUCCUGAAAGUUGGACUGGAGAUCCACACACACUGUGCAGAAAGCCAGAAUGUUCAUCUGAUGCUGACUGUCCAUACAACCUAGCGUGCCUUGGCAAUCGAUGUGAAAAUCCUUGUCCUGGUGCAUGUGGUCAGAAUGCUAUCUGCACUGUUACUAACCAUUUGGCAACAUGUCACUGCCCACCAGGCUACACUGGAAAUCCUGGGUCACAAUGCACUCUUGAAAUUAUGGAGCCAAAACAGUGUCGAGCUGAUGCUGACUGUGCAAGCAAAUUAGCUUGCUUUAGUGGAAACUGUCGAAACCCAUGUGUUGAAACAAAACCAUGUGGUCCAAAUGCUGAAUGCACGGUUGUAGACACUCUUCCUCUCAGGACUAUGGCCUGCCGCUGUCCACAGGGGUAUGUAGGGGAUGCAGACAUCGAAUGCAAGCCAGCUCCUGAUGAAAAGGAAGGUUGUCAGUCUGAUGCAGACUGUACAUUAUCCGAGAUUUGUGUGAACAGACGUUGUUCCGAUGCAUGUACAUUGAAUCCAAGUUUGUGUGCACCAAAUGCACUGUGCCAAGCAACAAACCAUCAAGCGACAUGUGUCUGCCCUGGUACCCUAGUCGGUGACCCAUAUAGCAACUGCUAUUCAGCACACCUCAAUGAAUCAGAAUGCAGAACAGAUAUGGAUUGUUCAGACAGACAUUCUUGUAUUUCUGCACACUGUCUUGACCCCUGCACUGUCAGUUCUCGAUGUGGUGUGGGAGCUUUGUGUCAUUCAAGUUACCAUCGUGCUAUCUGCAGUUGUCCAGAUGGCUGGGCUGGAAAUCCAGAAAGAUUUUGCUACAGACCUGAAUGCACAAAUGAUGCAGAUUGCCCAUACAACAAGGCAUGUGAUUCAGGAAGUUGUUUGGAUCCUUGCGAACAUGCUGGUUGUGGACGCGGAGCUGAAUGUAUCACAGAGGCACACAGACCUCAUUGUCAGUGUCCUCCUGGUUCCCAGGGAGAUCCAUAUCGCACUUGUGUCACUGGCGUAUGUCAGUACAAUGAAGAUUGUGCUGGACAUGAAGCCUGCGAUCGACUGAAUCGUAUUUGUCGCCCUGUCUGUGAAGAAGACACUUGUGCAUCUGGUGCUGUGUGUAUUGGGAAAGAUCAUCAGCCUACGUGUGCUUGUCCUCAUGGCACAAAUGGAAAUCCAUAUGUUGAAUGUAGUUCUGCAAGAGUACCAACUGUUCCAGCUGAAUGUGAGGCUGAUCAUAACUGUCCAUCACAGCAAGCAUGUCUAAAUGCUGUAUGUCAAGAUCCAUGUGUGGCUGUAUCAUCAGUGUGUCCAGCUAAUCAACAAUGUCAUGUUCUUGAUACAUUACCUCUGCGAACAGUGACAUGUCACUGUCCUCACGAUGCAGUUGCUGAUGCUUCAGGGUAUUGUAUACCUGUUGUUCCAGGAGAACCACAAUGUGUGACAGAUUCAGAAUGUGGUAAUACUGAAAAGUGUGUACGGGGUACAUGUGUGGAAGCUUGCCGCACUGACUUCUGUGGCAUAAAUGCUAUCUGUCAGUCUGAUGACCAUAGAGCUGUUUGUCGUUGUCCUCCUGGAUACACAGGAAAUCCACGAGUUGAUUGUGUCAUUCUUCCAACACCACCACCGCCACCUCCAGAGUGCAUAAUGGAUGAAGACUGUUCAGCAGAUCAUGCUUGUCAGUUGGGUAGGUGUGUUAACCCAUGUUCUGCAACAAGUCCAACACCAUGUGCAGCUACAGCUUUUUGUCAUGUGGAAGACCAUAUACCUGUGUGUCGCUGCGCUAGUGGAUAUGAAGGAAACCCUCACCAAGAGUGUCAUCCAGUAUCUGGACCACCUCUUGGAUGCACAGCAAAUUCUGAUUGUUCACAACAAGAAUCAUGUGUUAAUCAACUGUGUGUGAGUCCAUGCCAUUGUGGACCUAAUUCUGAGUGCCGAGUCAGCAAUCAUUUCCCCACUUGCUACUGUAAACCUGGAUUUUCUGGAAAUCCUCUAAUUGGUUGCAUUAAAGUUCAGUGCCAAUCAGAUGAUGACUGUUCCACUGACACACAAUGUUACAAUGGUGAAUGUGUGAACCCAUGCAUACUGGGAGCAGUAUGUGCUGUCAAUGCCGAGUGCUAUGGAACAGAUCACCGUGCAGCAUGCCGCUGUCCUGUGGGAUAUGUUGGUGACCCGUUGUUGCACUGUGAAAGAGCUGAAUGUCGUGUUGAUGGUGACUGUCCUUCUACUAGAGCUUGUGUGCAACGCCACUGUGUUGAUCCUUGUGCUGUGGCCUCAUUAUGUGCAUCAAAUGCAAUAUGUGUGGUGCGUAACCAUGCAGCUGCAUGUCGCUGCCCAGAAGAUGUACCACUUGGUGAUCCAACGUCAUUCUGUGAGAAAAGGCCACAUGCUAAAGAACAAGAACCUGAAUGCAAGCUAGAUGUUGACUGCCCUAGCAGACAAGCUUGUUUAAAAUCACAUUGUGUCGACCCAUGUACUGAACUGAAACCAUGUGCAACAACAGCAAGAUGCUCAGUUCUCAACACGGUACCUGUAAGAACUAUGGUGUGCACUUGUCCUGAAGGCUGGGUUCCUGGCAGCGAUGGGGAAUGUCGGCCUGUUGUGGUUCCUGUACCUCCUGGAUGCACAUCUGAUGAGAAUUGUGCAACAAAUGAAACAUGUAUUAAUCGAAUAUGCAGAAAUCCUUGUGACUGUGGUACAAAUGCCAACUGUUUUGUCCAAAACCAUCGUCCAAUUUGCUCAUGCCGAGAUGGAUAUGAUGGGAAUCCAAACAUUGGUUGUUAUGCUGUGGGAUGCCGCACAAACUCUGAAUGUGAUUCCGGCAAAGCUUGUGUGAACAGUGUGUGUGUAGAUCCAUGUACAGUAUCCAACCCAUGUGGACAACACGCAGAGUGCUACACAUUUUCUAACCGUGCUGAGUGUCGUUGCAUCAGUGGUUUUAUGGGAGACCCUCAUGAGGGCUGCCAUGCCAUUGGCUGCCGUGUGGACUCUGAUUGUCCUUACGACCGUGCCUGCCUAUCAGGUCGUUGUGCAGAUCCAUGUGCACAUGGCUACCCAGCACCUUGUGGACAAGGUGCACUCUGCAAGCCAACUCUUCACCGUGCUGUUUGCCGUUGUCCACCAGCAUUACCUGCUGGCAAUCCAUAUAUUGCUUGUCGACCCAAGAUUCGUGCUGAAUGCAAUGGUGAUCCAGACUGCCCACCAAGACUUGCAUGCCUUGAUGGCCACUGCCGUAACCCUUGUUUUGAACUGCAGCCAUGUUCCAAGCCUGCAUCCUGCCAAGUAUUUAGCUCUGUGCCAGUAAGAACAAUGUUCUGCACUUGCCCUCCUGGUUACGUGAGUUCAGGCAGUGGUGUGUGUCGUCCGACUCCCUCUGUCGUAGCUAUUGGUGGAUGUUCAUUUGACAGAGACUGCCCUGAUGACAAGACAUGUAUACAAGGAAUUUGCAAAAAUCCCUGCACAUGUGGUGCUAAUUCCGAUUGUCAUGUGAAAGAUCACAGGCCUACAUGCACUUGUAAAGCAGGAUUUGACGGCAAUGCAGAUGUAGAAUGUGUAAGAGUGAGCUGCCGUACUGAUGGUGACUGUUCACCUCAGCACCAAUGUGUGCAACGGAUAUGUGUACCAGCUUGUGCAUCUGAUGGAAGUUCAUGUGGUAAAGACGCAUUAUGUUAUGGUGCUCAACACCGUGCUAUUUGCGAGUGCCCUCCUGGGCUGCUGGGAAAUCCACAAAAGGCUUGUGUAGCAGUGGGAUGUCGAGCAAAUUCUGACUGCCCAGCAGAGCACAGCUGUAUCUCUGGAACUUGUGCUAAUCCUUGCAGCUCCUCACCAUGUGCACAACCAGCUGAAUGUAAAGUUUACAAACAUGAAGCACAGUGUAUCUGUCCACCAGGCUACAUAGGAGAUGGAUAUAUUACAGGAACAUUGUGCACAAAACAAAAUGUCACAUGCCAAGCUGACAGUGAUUGUUCAUCAAAGAUGGCAUGCAUUAAUGACAGCUGUGUUAACCCAUGUUCAGUUACUCAGCCAUGUGGUGAUAAUGCAAACUGUCAAGUGCUUGAUACAGUGCCUGUACGUACAAUGAUAUGUGAAUGUCCUCCUGGUUAUCAGGGCAAUGCUGCUGAGAAAUGCGAAAAAGCUCGAACGUGUCCAGUUGGGAAGGGUCAAGUUCUGGAUGAAAAGGGCAACUGUGUUUGUCCACCUGGUUAUGGCUUAGAUGACAGUGACACAUGUAUUCGUUGUGUUGCACAACAAGGAUUCAAAAUUGAUGAAAAGGGUCAAUGUGUUUGUGCACUGGAGAAAGGUAUGAUCAUAGAUGAACGUGGUCGUUGUGUCUGUCCAGUCCAAGUGGGUUAUCAUUUGGAUGAGAAGGGAUAUUGUGUAAAAGACAAAUCUCCAGAAUGUAAUGAUGAUGAUGAUUGUGCCGAUGAGAUGUACUGUAAUCAGGAAACCAAGACUUGUGAGAAUCCAUGUCUAACUAAACAGUGUGGAGUGGAUGCAUACUGCAGUGCAAGUAACCACCAGGCAGUAUGUGUGUGCCAUCCUGGAUGGUCUGGAAACCCUGAAAUUGCUUGCAAUGAUUCACGUGUACCAAGAACAGAAUUCCCCAAGCCUGAGAUCACUGUGAACUGCAAGUCAGACGGGGUUGAAGUUGAAUUUAGCUUGCCUGACCAGACAUUUAAUGGUAUUCUCUAUGUGAAAGGCCAUAGCAAAGAUGAUCGUUGCAGCAGAUUGAUUACCCCAUCUUCUGGUUCUGCACCUCAAUCAUUACUUUUUAAAGUAAACUUUGGCACAUGUGGUCUUAUUCAUUUCAAUAGAGAAGCAAGUUUCCUCCUUGUGCUACAGAAACACCCUAAACUUGUAACGUCUACAGCACAAGCAUAUCAUAUUGUUUGCAAGUAUCAAACUGGUGAGCAGAAUGUAACAGUAGGAUUUAAUGUAUCAAUGCUCACAACAGCUGGCACUAUAGCAAACACAGGGCCACCACCUGUGUGUACAAUGAAGAUAAUUACCAAUGCUGGACAAGAAAUUAGAUCAGCUGAAAUAGGUGAAAACUUGCAGCUUCACGUGGAGGUGACACCAUCCAAUAUAUAUGGUGGUUUUGCACGAAGCUGUAUCGCAAAAACUGUUGAAAACAAUGUAGAAAAUGAAUAUAUGGUUACUGAUGAAAAUGGCUGUGCCACAGAUCCAACGAUAUUUGGAGAAUGGAAAUACAAUGCUGAAACAAAGUCUCUAGUGGCUAGUUUCAAUGCAUUCAAAUUUCCUAGCAGUGACAACAUCAAAUUUCAGUGCAACAUCAGAGUUUGCUUUGGAAAAUGUCAGCCGGUAAAUUGUAGAGACACUAAUGCAUUUGGCCGACGGAAACGAGAAAUUGAAGCACCAGAGAAUGACACUAAUGUAGCUAUUGCAGAGUCAAUGUAUGAAGGGCAGCUCAGAGAAGAGAUAACAAUACAGUCCAAUGCAAUACUGACAUUCGAACGAAGGGAGGAAAGAUACACAGCCUCAACUGAUGCACCAGAGACACAGAAACCUGAAGACAUAUGUGUAUCAAUGGUUGGAUUCAUAAUUGCUCUUGUGAUAACUGCUCUCCUUGCAUUAGUAGCUGUGGCAGUAGCAGUAUCGUGUUGGCUCGUAGCUUACCGUCGACGACCAAAGCUGGCUGGGCCAUUGCCUCAUCCUCCUGAAUUCCCAAAUCCACUUUUUACAACACCAGAACCAGUUGCCGAACCCUCGCCUGAUUAUCUUACGUGAUUUGUGAUAUUUUACUCAAGUAAAACAUGUGGGACCUGAAUCAAUCACUCUGGUGCUCAGUUUAUGACUGACAUAAAGAAACUAGUUCCUCCUUCAUACAAUGGUUAGCUUCAAUUAUUAAUGGACUAUUUUCAGAAUGUAUAGUAUGUAUGUUGUGUUGCUAAGGAGGAAAAGUGAAAAUGCAAUUGAGAUCAUAUUGUAGUCAUAAUCUGAAGAUCUAAAAUGCAUUUUCCACAGUGUAGUCACCUCCUCCAAUGGCUUUGUGUAAAUGACACGAAAUAGGGUUUGUUCCACAUAGCAGUGGUGGUGGUUUAUUUUAUAGUAGUUCAUACUGAAAAUCUUGGUAUUGCAAGACUUAAAACGUACUGUCAGACUUAAACUUAUUAUGAUUUUGGUCAUUAAUGUAGGAUUGCCUCCACUUUUAUGCUAUUGGUUUUAUUAUUUUACAUCUUGUACCCCUAAGCUAGAUUUCUUUGCUGCAUUGUGAGCUUGACUGAAUUAGCCAUUGGAGGAUUUGAGUAGUUACAAUGAUAUAAAUAAUAAAUGUGAAUAAUGUUGAUAUGUAUUUUGUGUGUUAUGUUGUUGUUUGUGUCAGAUACUUUUCUGUUACUUAUGCUAAUAUUCUACUAUUCCAUGUCACAAAUUAUCAUUAACUCAUCAUAAAAAACAGUAUGGUAAACAUGCCUGCCAGUUUUGCAAUCAUCAUUACACACCUUCACAAAUAAAGAAGUAUGAUGUUUUGAACGUCAAAUAAUUUUCUAAAUAAUAUUUAUUAAUUUAUCUGCUGUAACAUGAAGAAAAGAUUUGAACCUCUCUAGAGCCAUGAAUAACAAGUCUUCCAUUUGCAAUUAGAUUGCAGCAAAACUGACAGCCUUCACUCUAUUUUCAUCACAUCUUCAUUUAAAUAUUUAUUAAAUGUUUGUCCCAUAAAAGACUGCCAUUUUGCUACAGUAGCUGUAGAUAUGCAUGAGUUGGUCACAUUUGCCUCAUGUAUUGUACAGAAGAAUUCUCAUCCUAUGCUGUGCAUACCACCUUGUCUGGAAAGAAAUUUCUGUAUAUAAUGCCAAAAUUGCAGAAUUUUCAGUGGUUUCAAUUGUGUUAUAUCAGCAAGCUGCUGUUUAUUCUGUAAAAACAAAGUUUCUAACAUGGGCACAUUCUGCAGUGUAAUUUAUGUGUUUCUACCAGAUUGUACUAAUGUGCUUCUGUUAGUUAUUUUGAAGGGAUACUGUUUUUUUUUCCUUUUGAAUAUUAGGAAUCUCUUCAUUCAAAAUUUUUUUCGGUGAAGGGUAAAGGUGGUAUGCUGUGCCAUUUAUGAUAAUUGUAUUAAUCAAAUUAAGCAGUUGCUUUAAUUUAACUUCUGAAAUACUCUGUUUCCAGAGGCCUGAAAUAAUUCUUAACUGUGAGUGAGUCUUGUAAUUGUGAUAAAUGUCUAAUAAAGAAGUUGUUAUAAUUAAA